GUCUUUUCUUCUCUUAUAUAGUUCCUCCUGUUUACGACCAACGUCUUCAGAGAAGCAGUUGAUUCCGGCGAUCUUUCUGAAAUACUUGCUUACCUCAUGAGGUCUUCUGACGUCAUUACUACCUUAAUAUUAUGUGUAAGUCGUCACUUUUUAUGAGUAGUAAAAAGUUUUUGUCAGCCAAUAUGAAGCAAUCAAAAUCCCGGUCAACAAGCCUUGGAAUCUAAAAUCUGUAAACAAAUCCUGAGCCUUUAGAUCGUAAUUAAAUCACGAAUUCAGUUCCAUAUUUCAUGUGAAAUCCAUUCAGUAGAAUCAGGGGCUCGUGUGGUAUGAUUCUUUUGCCGUUAUCUUACGAACUUAGCUUAAGUUUGAGUGUAGGGAUUGUGGAUUUUCGGGAGAAUUUGUUGUUUUAUCAUUGUCCUUUAAGUCCCUUUUUUUAUUUUUUAACAUAGUGAUGUUUCUAAAACGUUCGUUUCAGUUGUUGGUUUGCAGUGCUACAAGCGAGGAAGAUCUAGACCUGAAGUCGAUUUUGAGUCACCUGAAGAAAAUGUGUCUAGAAAACCCAGAUAACAAAAUUAACGACUCAGGUAUGUGUUCGUCGUCAUUGGACAGCAUGAAUUACCCAGCAGCCGGUUGAUUGAUACCCAUUCCUGACCCCAGAGUUCGUCAGCCCUUACUCGUGACAUCACAGUGACAGACGUUUAACCAAGCUGCAGGGAAACGGUCACAGGGAGUCAUGAGUGGAGGAGAAGGCCUGUGGAUAAGUAGACUAGAGCCAACUGUCAAAUACAAUAACCCAUUUUUCAGUUUCACUUGAAAAUGAGGCUGGAGUUGACCUUGUUUCGAUACAGUCCUCCUUGCUUCACAAUGUAAAUCAUGUUGUUCUUAUGCUAACUAGUAUUUUUAAGCAAAAUUUACAUUAGAAAAGGAAGGUGGUUUGCAUCAAAACAAGGUCAACCUCAGCCUCACGUUCACUCAAAGGCUAGAACACCAAGCCCACAACUGUAAAAUGGCAAAUUCGCCAUUUGCACAUCUCCCAUAAUGCACCUUGUUUGUCCCCCGAAAUUUUACAUAAGCCUUGUCUUUUAUUUCUCUUAAGACCACUGUCAUACCCAGGGGAAAUCAAUAGCAUAUACUUUAGGUUAUGCAAAGUUUGGGGGGAAAACAAGGUGUAUUAUGGGAGAUGUGCAAAUGGCGAAUUCACCAUCUUCGCCAAGACCAUAAUGCACCCUGUAUACCCCCCAAACGUUUGCAUAACCAUUGUGUUCUCCAUUGCAUAACGUUUGCAUAACCAUUGUUUCUCUUGGGACUACUGAAAUUCUCUGCAAGACCCGGAAAAUAUUAAUUCAUUGUCGGUACAAGUAUUGGAUAACAAGAAUGCAAAUAGCAUUAAAAACUGCAUUUGCUCCCUGUUUCGUAAAAAAAAUAUUUCUUGUUUCUGAUGUAGUACUUGCCAAAUAUAAAUAGUCACGGGACUUCUCCUAUGUGGUAGUUAAUUUUUUAUCUCAGGUAAUUUUUAUUUUUCCUUUGUUUCAACUUUAUUAGCAUACAUUACCAUACCCAUAAACAAAAGGAAAGCAAAAAUUACCUGAGAUAAAAAAUCGACUGCGACAAAUACAACAAAAAGUCUUUCCAAGGGACGUUUUUUCCAACGAAAAUAAAGUGUUGCUUUCUCUCAUUUAUGCUGUUUUUUUUAGAUGUCAAGGUCAAGUGUAAGUUAACUUUUGACAUCACUUGCUGGAAAGAAACACGGGCAGGUGAAACUUUUAUACAACCUUGCCCUUUCCUCUUUUAUUCGACAAAAGGUAAGCAGGUAACACUCAAUAAUACUCACCUAAAUUAAAAUACUGUAAAACGGGAAACAGAAACGUUCAACUUGUUUUACAACAUUGCUGCAAAACGAGUUGAAUAGUAGUCUGCCGCAAGCGUUUCAGUGAGGUUUCGGGGCAAAGAACGAGGAGCGAGAGUCAUAUUUGUGGCCCUUGUUCUAUUUUUCGCGCGGCCAAAAUCAAGAUUCCCAUUACUCGUCGUUCCUCGGUCAUUAGGGAGUUUAAAGGGACCUUGCGAAACUACGACGGCGACGGCAAGGAGAACGUCAAAAAAGCAAUAGGUUUAAUGAGCAAAACAACAACGCUGCACGUGCAUCACGCGUUUUUGUACAUUUCUUUGCAGUCACUGCACAACUACGACCUGAAAUGACCAAAUUUUAAGUUUACUUGAGAACUGGAACGGCAAGGCGAUAAAUUCUAGCAUCUCUGUCUAAACUCGGGCGCGGUUCCCUCUCUUCGGCUCCAACUAAAAUUUCCCUCUAUUAAGUAACUGGGCGAAUUGGGAUAAUCGCGAAAAGGUUAAGGUAUCUGCACAGGCAAAUUUGCACAUUUUUGCAUCAUUUUUAGUGGUUGUUUUAUGGAUAAUAUCUAUAUGUCACUACAUUGACAGUAUUCCUCAGUUCUUGAGGAACUAGAAUAUAUCAAAAUAAACUAUGUUAUGUCACCCAAAAGGUGUUAAUUUAAUUACCCCCUAGGGUGACACGGAAAGAGAAAAAUCAAAAUUUCAGAAGAAUCCUUAGAGUUAUUGUUAAAAAAGAAAUGUAACACAAAUAAGGACGUAAGAUAGAAUAAUUCUGUGUUUGACCACGACACAGCUCCAAUUAAUCCAGCCUCUAGGGCACAAUUUGCUAUUUUGUAAUUUGACCCAUAUUUUGACAUCAAUAACUCAGCUGUACGGCAAUUCUAACCUUUAGUCAAACACAGAUCUGUUCAUUAACAUGCUCUUUGUGUAUUUGCCAAAUUUCACGAAGAAAUAAUGAUCCAUUCCUCCAAAAAACUGGUUCCCGUAAGUCAAGGUAAAUCGGUCACGCGGUAAUUAACGUUUUUCCAGUGUGAAAAAGCUUAUUUUCUUCUCAAAAUCAACUGUUUUUCCUCGAUACUACCAUCACAGACCUUCUUGCCCGCCAUUUUGAAUCACCGCUGUGUAAAAUGCUCAUGGAAGCCUAAGAAAAUGCCAAAUGACCUCUCUAUAGCCCCCUUGGAUUUUGAUACGUGACCAGUUGCUAGGUGUGACGUAUUUCCGGAAGAUUCGUUACUCAGUGUCAGCUUUAAUGCAGUGAAGCGCGCCGAAGUAUGAAGAUUGAAGAAGAGUUUUAUUCAAAAUUGAAAAGAAUUGCUUCUGUAAAGUGAAAGAAAUUGGCAGAAAAACAGACCAGAGGAUUAGAGGCCAAGAAAACGUUUUACUCUCCCGGCAAAAUUGUCAGAAUAUAUCAGGUGGGAAGACACACCGAUGUAAUGUAAAUUUAAAACAAUAUUAAGCCCUGGAAAAUGGAGUAUAUUUCAAGAACAUAACGAAUUUUGACAAGAAGCAAGUAAUAUUAGUCAUCACAGCUUUAACAGAAGGAAGAAAAAUCAAGUUGGACAUACAGCGGCUGUAGUUUGUCAAUGAAUCCAAGCAGUGAAUAGAUUUUGUUCAGCGCAUCAAUAGAACUUGGUGCUGGAAAGAGGAGUCAAAUUGCGCUCCUGCCGUCCAUUUUCUUGGUAACGGAAAUGACAAUUUUUCUUUAACUUCCGGUAAAUCAGUCAACUUUUGAGUAGAUUUUCUCUUUAAUGCGAAGGUAUAUUCAAAAAAGAACACCAGACAUGCAUAUUACAUCAUCUGAACUUACUGUAGAAAGAUUUUGAGUGCAAAAUAAAAUGUUGAAAAUUUGCCUGUGCAAAUACCUUAAAAGGAUGCGAAGUCUAUUUUUCAACGACGUUUUCAUGGAAGUCGCCGUUGUCGGAUUGUAAGGUCCCUUAAGAUACCACGACGGUGACGGCCACGAAAACGUCGCUUAAAAAGUGAAUUUGCGUUCUUUCAAUCUCUAACGCGAUAACUCCAACUCAUUUACUUUGUCAGAUGCAAGCGAACUCUUUUUGAGCCAAAUUCAUAAGAACCAUAUUCAAGGUCAGAAAAAGAAAGAAAACUUAGCCGUGGCUUGUUUACGUCCUCCAUGAAACGUGAAAUUGGGCAUUUUCCCGUCGUAGUGGUGCAGUGACGGCAAAGAAAUGUACAAAACAGCGUGAUGCACGAGCAGAGUUGUUGUUUUGCCUGUUCAACCUUUUGCUUUUUUGACGUUCUCGUGUCGUCGCCGUCGUGGCAUCUUGAAGUCCCUAUUCUUUGCCCCGAAACCACAGGAAACCGCUUGCUACGCAGACUAGUUGAAUAACGAUGUUGUGUGUCAGUUUACUAGCCUGUUGCCGGCUGCGAAAAUUUAUUUUGCAGAAAGUAGAGGGUAGUGCUACCAUUUGCAAUAAAAGCUGUUCAUAUUGCAAACUGUUUUGCAGCAAUUGACGUGAUUUCCGUGCAUGGCGUGACUCCCGCGUAAUUUUAUCCAAUCAGAAGUCAGUAUUCACGCAACUUGAAAUGCAAGCCGGGUAUCAACAUCGCUAUUGAACUCUUUUUGCAGCAAAGUUGCAAAACAAGUUGCACGCUUUGUGGCCUGUUUUACCGAAGCUUAAAAUGGCUGAGAGGAUCCAACCAUAAUGGCAGUGGCAUAUUCUCAAAUAUACCUCUACUUUUUGCCAAGGCCUUUUUCUGUUUUAUAUAAAAAAAACGAAGCGUUUCUAUUCUUUUCAGACAACGUUUCCCGGCGAUGCGAUGAGCAAGGAAAAUGGCAAAAAAUUAACAUCACGAACUGUCACAGAUUGAAACCAAAAGAGGCUGUUGAUACAGGGAAAAGGAUUCAGUCUAACAUAACCAUAACAGAUAAAAAGGUAAAGGAAGUCUUUAGUGACUUUUGUUGUAUGUAGAGCAUCACUAUAUUGCAUGUGUCUGCACGUUGCACUUAGCCUGUAAGCAAGCUCUCCAUUUCGGGAUAUCGUGAAAAAUAGACGCGCGAGAGCAGACGCGAAGGCAGGGGCCUGGGAGAGAAAGGAGAGCUUGCAACGAUCACUCAUAAAUUUUCAAUUCCACCCGGGAACCUCGGGAUUCCGCAAAGCGUAAAAACUGUCACCGCAAACGUGCCGCAGCUUAUUGUGUUCACCACAAAUGGUUCCUCUCCUCAGCCACUCUCGCUCGCACGUUCUCGCGCGUCUCGCUUCGCUCGCCCAAAUGGGAGAGCUUUUUCUUAGGAUACGUUGCAGAUCGCAUUUUUUAUCAGGAAAAUUGAAUGGUCUACGUUGCACGGUACACUUUGUAAAUGGCAUCAGAUAUAAUCUGUAGUGCAUUAAUAGGCCAUUUGCACUAAGAGGUCAUGUGACAUUAUUUUUAUAAAAAUGACAGUUUUAUGAUUUUGCCUUCGAAAAAUGAUUAGUGGAUCAUAUCUCAAAGAAAAUAACAGUGGUUUUGUUUUUCAAACCCCCACCAUAUUAAAAUGAGUAAGUUCGUGGCUGGUCACGUGACCAAAAUGUGAUUUUUAAAUUUAUGAAUUACCUCUUUCUGAACACAAACAUUGCAGUUAAACGUCGAGGAAAAUGUUGAAAAGAUGAUGUGGUAACGUUUACAGCAGUGAGCGAAACUAUCAAACGUUUAACAAGAUAUAAGCAGAAAGUAGUUGUGGCUGCCUUGCUAGAGGGCAAAAGUAUGCCCUCCAACAUGGCGGCCAAUACAAAUCGAACCAUUUUGUUGAAAAAUCAAAGUGCCAUAAAACAUCUCCCUUAAAUGCCUUUCCUCUCAAAUUUCGGGCGUAAGAUAAUUUUUAUGUGCUCUGACAAUUUUUGGCAUCAGCAAGAUUUCAACUUAUUUUUGAAAGGAAGCAUUGGUCACGUGACCUCUUAGUGCAACUGGCCUAUUGUUUAUUGCAUCCCCCAUACAGCAUAGUCAGCAUAUAGCGGUAUGUAACAUCAGAGAUAUAGUGUUUGUUGCGUGUAGUUACAAGCCACAUAUUGCACCAUGAACAUUGGCCGUUUGCACACCAGAGACGUAUAAUUCAUCUUCAAAAUCAGUCAAAAUUGACGGAAAAACAGAUUCAUGGAUAAAGUCAGGUGGAUUAUCCAUCCAAAAUUAAGACCGUUCCAUUUUCAGAUGAAGAAGUAUUAUCUGUCUGACGCGAAUUAUCAAACAGAUAAUCUGUCUCUAGUGUGAAUACGGCCAUUAUGUUGCAUCAGAAAAAUAGCAUGUUGCACGUCUUGCAUAAGGCAUCAGAGAUAUAGCGCACUUUUUUUUACCUUGCAUGCUCAGGUGUUUAUUGGAAGUGCUAUGUUGUAUGUUGCUUGCUGUGUCACUGUGCAUAUUUAAUAACAGGUUUAGACCAUUUUAAAUGGAUGGAUCAUCGUAAAUUAAAUCGUUGUCCUGACGACCGUACCCUACAAAAGAACCGAACACACAAUGUAUCGUAUCAAGUGCGCUAACAAAAAAAGGAAUAUGAGACAAAAUUCUCAAAGAAAAUAUAAAAAAGAAAUAAAUGUUUAAAUCUGGCACGGCAUGUCUAAGUUUCAAAGCAAUAUUGGUUAAUUAUUUUUCAGGAUGAUUCUCAUGAGGAUCGUGUAAAGAAAGUUUUCGUCGCUAUCAGCUGGAUGGCAUUUUUUGUUCUUCUUCCUACUUUCGUAAUUAUAUGCAUUGUAAUGUAAGUUUCUACCUCUGUCUUCUGCUUAAUAUGGACCCAAUGUAAAAGUGGCUGCUUGAUUAUUAAUCUUUUGUUUAAAUUAAUAUUAGCCUGACUAGCCUCGCUUGAAAUAACGUAUUCUUUGAAUUUUGUGCUGACGAACGAGGAUAAUCAGGCUAACUUUAAUUUAAACAAAAGAAUAUUAAUCAAGCAGCCACUUUUGCAUUUGAUAUUUUUGAUUUAGGAGUUAUUAUCCUUAUUUAUUAUUAUUAUUAUUAUUGUUAUUAUCAUCAUCAUCAUCAUCAUCAUCAUCAUCAUCAUCAUCAUCAUCAUCAUCAUCAUUAUCAUCAUCAUCAUUAUCAUUAUCGUGACCAUUAUCAGAGCAAACGUCGCACUGGGACAAGAACAAGAUAAGAACAACAUAGGAAAUUACCAUUUAAAAUAAUGUAUGCCUUUUGUUUGUCUUGUCCCAGUGCGAUUUUGUUCUCCAGCACGGCGGUUUUGUUCCACGUGUAUGGCUAGCUGCAAAGGGCCUAUUACAGAGGGAUAUAAGACCUUUGUAAGGUUAAUAAAAAUGUAUUGUCUAUUUUGAGUCACAAGUUAGUGGGGAAACACGAAAUAAAUCUGAGUUCUCAAUGAGAUUCCAAACAAUGACCUUAGCUUCUGAGAACUCGGGAAAGACGAUCCUGUUACUGAGAGCCAAAGAGAGACCGUUAAGCGAGCCACGCCAUAUACAAGGGUUAAAAGUGACAUGCUGGCGUGAUUCCUGCAAACCUCGUGCUGUUAGUCUGGUACAAAGCGUCUAAUGUCCUAAACAGACACUAUGCAGGUGAUAACAAGUCUUGCUGUUCUUACAGACAUUUCUCCGCAACAGGGAAAUCUUGGUCACUCAGUGGUGCAUUAUCAGAAUACGUAUCUUUUAGUUUAGAUUUCAUAAGAAGUCUAAUUUAUGGCUGGAUUUAUCAGAGAUCAUUAGUGAUAAGUUUGUAACUGGCCAGCUGCCUUCUCUGCCUAUCAAAGAGAAUCCCAAGGAGAAAAGUUUGUCAGAAACUCACUUAAUUUUCGUGUUGUGGAUGCGAUUUCUUUCACUUGUUUAGUAUGCAGUAAGCUGUUUUACGCAUGGGAAAACUGCAUGACAAGAAAUACUUUCUGUUUGUCUUUUUUGAAUAGGAGAAAGAAUGCCCGGUUCACUUUACACAAGAAUUUAAUCCUCGCUUUUAUUCUACGCACCAUCACAUUAUUUAUUCAUUACUAUGGAAACAUGGGAGACAAGAGCUACAAUAAGGUAAUGUUUUCUUGGAAUACAGUUGGCCAAUUUGACGUGGGAUUGUGUCGAAUUUCGUUGUGGAACUAAUUUGGGAACGAAUUUUUAACCAGGUUCCUGUGCAACGUUCGUAAAAUCGGAAAUGGAGCCUAGUUCGCCUAGGUCUAAACUUUUUCAAUAGCAAAAGCUAUGAUAACUUGCUGAUUUUUUCAUUGUCCUGGUUCUCUUGCGUUGUCGUUGGCUAGAGUGAUAACUUUGAUUUGAAAACACACCAACCCUAUCUUUCUAUCACAGGCCGAGGCGAUCAUUUUAAGUCGAUGAUUGUUUUUCCACUCUGUUUUUUGUUUGUUUUAUUUCAGACGGUCUGCAACGUAUUCUGGGUAUUGAACCGCUACUUUGCAGCUUCAGAAAUCACGUGGAUCCUAAAUGAAGGAAUUUUUCUAUUGCGCAUGCUUGUGUAUCCCUUCGACAACGAGUCUUAUUUCUUGUACUACUUUGUCUUCGGAUGGGGUAGGUUAACCAUCAAUGAUUUUUAGUGAUCCUUUUCUUUUCUCCAUAACCAGAUUGUAGCGUGCGAGUAGGUGUGCAUGCGCGUGAGAGAGUACGUAGUUACUUGAAAGAGACUAAACGCCGCACUAACCCUGCACAUAUGAGGAAAGAUAUCGACAAAUGUGUAGGCUUUUGUACAUUAUGGUAGCAUUUUUUCGUGCAAUUUAGUGACGCAAAAGCAUUGAGCAUUAUUCGAGCAUUUUAGAGGCAUUUUCCCCGGAAAAUUAAUUUUUCCGAGAAAAUAAAGUGAAGAAAAACUCAAAAUUCACAAAAACCUAAUACAGCUGGUUUUUUUGGCUGUAUUUAUGAACAGGAGUCCAUGUCCCAACGAGCUUUUUGUAAGCCUUUGACAUUUUAAAGAAAAUGAAGACUAAAACUCAAAAUUCACAAAAAAAUUUCUUUUUAGGGACAAAUUCGAGGAAAAAUCGGCCGAUACAAACAAUCGGUGGGUUUUUUUAUUUUCAAGUCUGUAUUUUUUAUGAACUUGCCCUGUAACGUUUUUCUAACGUUGUUUUCAACAACAAUACGCUCCAGCCAAUGGCAAAGCUUGCCCAGUUUUUCGCAACAUAAUCGUUUUUUUUCAGUGACGUAAAUUUGCAAGUUUACGGCAAGUAAACUUUUUCAAAUAAAUAAUUUUUGAUAAGAAAAAUUUCCGUUGGUAUAAUGGGCAUUAUUCGAGCAUUUUAGUGACUUUUUGGGGAACUUUAAAGGUGCGAUAAAAUAUACUUUCUACGACUGAGGAUUUUUUGUGGGAAAAAAUGGAGUUUUUCAUUUUGAAGGGGACAUAUUGUCCCCUUGGCCGUUUUUUUAAGAGCAUUUUUGGCGCAAUGACGCGGGCCUGGCUCAAACCCCUGUAAAGCAAAAUAAUUAAAAAACCGUUGGUAAAUUUUAGUGACUUUUGGGGAGACUAUUUAGUGGGAAAAUGGAGCAUUAAGGUGGAGCAUUUUAGUGGGGAAGCAAAAGCAUAAUGUACAAAGCCUACAAAUGUGGCACCCCAUCGUCAACAAUGCAGCGCUUAUUGAUCUUUGUUGUUCUUUUGAAAUUGUGAAUGCUGAUAUGACUGAUUGGAAGGGAACUAAGACCUUUAAAACUGACUUUUAAAACAUUCUCAUGCAGGUGUUAUGAACCGAGUAGUAAUAACAACAAUAAUAAGCGAAUUACACAAUAGCCUGGGACCUAUAGUCUCGGACGCAGCCUUUUUCUGUUUUGUCACGCAACGCUCCUCCUCAUAUGAGGACAAGCGUUGCGUUGUGUGACGGCUUCGACGGAGACUACGUGGGACCAGGUUUUCUAGAUCCCCCCUAAAUGGGUCGCUUUACUCUUUUUAAUUUAUUAAUUAACUAUUAAUGAAUGAGGCUGAGUAUCUUAUGAAGAAUUAUUGAGAUCGAGGAGGGUGUUAUCUGUCGAGGCAGAUAACACCCUCCGAGAUCUCCAUAAUUCUUCAUAUGAUACGAAAGCCGAAUUCAAUAACUGUUUUAUUAUUGAUUCAAAAUAAUUCCAAGUUUAAAAAAAUAGCUAAAACAAGCUUACCUCCAUCGAUGUUAAGUUCAUCUUCGAUAGCGCACGUUUAGGGUUGUUCAGCUCCGCAAAUAUUCUCCAAAUAGCAAAUGUCGCCCUUCGAGUUGUCUUUUUGCUGUUCUUGCCAUGUUUUUAGCUAUUGUUUCGCCUAGUUCUUACUCUUGAAACGAGUGAAAUGUCCGCCAUUUUUUUUUCACAACCAAAACAACUCAACCUCGUCCCCAGGUCUUCUCGGUUAACUGUGCAUUAACCUGCUUGAAGGCUGCACUUUUGACGUCAUCGGUUCAUUAAUCGCAAAAUUCUUCCAAAUUUGGUCAUCAGUAGCUGGUUAUGGUGAAUUAUGCGUGUUCUUUUAGCCAAUCAGAACCGGAGAAAUAUUUGGAAUAAAUAAUAAUUUAACCGUUAUUUUUCUUUUUCCCCACUAAGGAGCCUGGUCCCGGGACAUAACUCUCAAAUGAGCUUGCACCUACGAGUCAAAAAAUUUAAUAAGCGCCGCGAUGUUUUUUUUUGGAGUAAAUGCCGUACGCACUCGGAUCUAUGCAUACAAGCCUUGCGGUCAAGAACAACAGAGUCCUCCUAUGACCAGGGCUUAAUCACUUCCGUUUAGCGACUAGCCUGCGACAAGCUUUCAUUUGGGGGAUAUCGUGAGAGGUCACGUGUGAAGGGGAAGAAAGAAGAGAUUCCAGAGCUUCGUCAUUCGCUUGCGUGUUCUCGCGCACGGCUCACGUACUCGAAAUGGAGAGCCUGCUCGCAGGUUAUUGCGUAUUAUUUUACUUCCUUUUUCACCAGCUCCUUCCUCAAGACGGACCUUUUGUUCUUUAUUUCUGGCCCCCAGUGAUUCACAUAUAUGGCGCUAAAAAUGUUUCCAUCAUGAAAACGUUGCGUUAGUGAAAACCUCAAAAUAACUCUAUGAAGUUAAAAUUGUGAUUGAAGAGUUUGCGUUUUCGUUAAUAUUCUCGCAAGUGAAAAAAUAAAAAUUUGCAAAACAUCAUCAUUUACUCAAAGAAAAACGGUCAGCUAACCAUUAUAUAUUUCUUAACUGUCUAAGAGUCCUUCGUAUUUUUUUUAAUCUUUGGCAGGUUUUUCCGGCGUGUUGUUGUUCUGUGUCUACCUUCCCUAUUUUCAGUUCACAGUUGCAAGAAAUAGCGAAAGGUUAGAUGACCUACUCACUAAUUAAACUCGUUUAAUUUUAGGGUAAGCCUUAUUUGUUCAGUUUUGCCGUGAAUAAUAUGACCUCUGAAACGACUCCUUCACUGAAUAUUUGUGUGUACUGCUUGAAAGAGGGAUUUUUUAACAUUUCAGUCUCAGAGUUUGCAAUGCAAGUAUUAAAAUAACAUCUUAUGGGUAUGGCUAACACCAGGAGGUCCCCCUGGUUGGCAUUUCUCUUACUGAUUUACUGAUUUAUUCAAGUAUGGAAUCGCUGUCUUUCCUUACUUUACGCUAAAAAUGCUCGAGAGCAAAUAAAUAAAUAAUGAAAAAAAAAACCUCGGAAAUGCAAGCAUCUUGAAAGUUGGCCAGACGUGGAAGACUAGUUUACCCACCUUAAUUAAUUUUUCAAUUUAGCAACCGUGGCCCAGUUGUUCGAAGGCCGAUUAAGCGCUAACCCAGGGUUAAAUUUUAACCCGGGUCUCUUUUUUUUUUUAUCAAAAGCAUUUUCUCGGACAAUUUUCUCUAUUCUUUUUAGAGUAGCCAAUCAUCAAACUGUUAACAAAAAGAAUUAAACUGAAUUUGCUUUUUUAAGCUUUCAUAUCUGAAUUCAAACUUCGAACUAACCCUGGGUUAUCUUAACCCAGCUAUGAACAACUCGGCCCUGGCGUAUUGUUUGUCGUUUUGUUCUUAUAACAAUUUAAGUUACUUGUAAUUCACCCAAAUAUGUAAAAUAAAGUUUAUUUCUUUUUUCAGAUGCUGGGUGACUCUUAGUCAUAGCUCUCACAUGUUAGUGUUGUAUAUUCCGCUGACCAUUAUGUUAGUGGUAAGAUCAUUUUAUGCACCUGAAUGCAUGCAUGCAUAAACAACUACAGUAUGUAAUUAUCAUGCCUGUGAAGCAAACGCUCACUUUUUGUAUUCAGUGUGUAAUUUUGUGUUUCUUAUUUUCGUAGAUUAAUUUUGGAAUUGCGGCAUAUGUGGUGCAGAUGCUCACGAAAAAACUCAAACACUCCCACUCGUCGCACAUGAACUUAGUAAAGUAAGUGUAGAUGUAUUCUUUUGCUUACCUACUCAGUUUCCACCCUGCGCUGUGCCAUUAACUUCCGCUUUUGAUUACAUCAACCUGUAACUUUCUUGGCCUUUUUUUAAUAACAGUACAAAGUCCGUAUGCUUUCCCGCACUUUGGACCGAUUUCAUGUUCUUCAUCGUCGCAGAUAAAAGUUGUCCGCCUGCGCUUUGCACCAGUGCCAUGCUUUUUUGAGUGCGCAGCACCAGCCAAAGUAAAAGAUAGCUCGUGUCGCAGGCCCCUUAUGUCCAGGACUGGACGGAGGUAUUAAAAGAAAUACAGUUUGACCAGGUUGUUUGUCAUUUUCAUAGUGCUUCAUAUUGACCGAAUUAUAAGUAUUUCGGUAACCUUUGGUGCAUGAGGACACUCUGGGAUGGCUAUUAUAAAGAUCAUGCGGCUCAUAAGCCUUCCGGAUCCCGGACAUAUCUGUGGCAGGCGUGAAAAACGGAAAGGGAAUGAAAUGGAGCGAGACGAAAAUGCAACGGGCAAACGGAUAUUAUCCCGCCUUUCCCCUGUCACGCCCUGCAACGUAAACAAACAGAACAAGAAGACCUGCCCUCUUUUUUCCUCAGGUUCCCUCCCUCGUUGUUACAUAAAUGCCUGAUUAUUUUUUUCCGUUUGGUGCCACUCUGGGAACCUUGAACCGCUCUGCUGCAACAGAACAUUUCUUUAUUAUAUACUGAUUUAGACCUCGAGGGACAUGUUUGCUUUAAGAAUAUUCCUCAUCUCCUGAUUGCAUUGUCUCUUCUUUUUCAACCAACAGAAAAAGCGCCAAAGCCGUGGUGAUUCUAGUCUCUCUCCUAGGAUUAAUCUAUCUCCUAAUUUUCUAUCUGCCAUCAAAAAGCGGCGCUGAAAAUUAUUUUAUCGCUGUCGCUUAUCCGCUCCAGGUAAAUAUGCAUCAAUUGUAAUCAAUGAAGUUCGUUUUGUUGCCGUAAUGUACUGUUGUAAUAUUAAAACAAAGUGAAAAAAGAACUAGUUUAACACACAGGCAAGGAUGCCUUUGUUGUGACGUCUGAAGACUAAAGUUUUGGGUUUCUUUUUACAAGUAAUAGAGUCGGUUUUGCUUCUAACUUCGUUGCUUACGAAUUAAUGAAAACUACAUUGGUCGGAAUCACAAGCACUGACGUGAUUUGUUUAGGUCUUCCGCUUCACCUUCAAAUGUCCGACGAUCUAGUGUUCACGAGAUCGUUGUCGACGCGGUCAAAACUUGAGACUCCCACUCGCCUCAUGUAAGGGAACCCAAGAUAGUCUUGCAUUCUGGAUUCCAAGUACUGUAUUCCAGUCCUUGUCACUGAAACUUGGAUUCUGGAUUACAAUCGUUAGUCGGAUUCCGGAUCGUUAGUGGGUUCCACGAGCAAAAUAUUCCCGGAUUCCGGAUUCUAUCAGCAAACAUUUUCCGGAUUCCUUACCCAGGGAGACUCCCACGGUUUGACUUUCCGGCUAGAUCGUAAUGCUCUGUAUAUAUGUGCUUCUGUUUCCAUCGAAAGUGAAUUGGAUUAAUACCUGAAAGACUGAAGUGGUACGCCCUUCUCCAAUUUGUCAAAGACAGCCCGCAAGACAGACAAGCCCAACUGAAUGGCAGCUAUAUCUAGCUUUUCUUAUCCUGAAUGGAUUCUUUGUUUUAAUAAUUUAACUUCAAAUUUAACUUUCUUUUUUCAGGGCAUAAUGGUUUGUAUAUUUUGUGUUUAUCUGAGUGUGGAGUUCCGUGAAUCUUUCAGAAGGUACUGGAUGAAAUGGAGAUACGGAAUCCUAAUAGAGACGGUGAGCACGAACCUUGCGUGUUUUUUAAAUAUUUUUGAGACUACCACGAAAGCAUGCCAUGCUUUUUAAUUGGUUCUAUGUUCCGCUUUCAUUGCUUGAAAAAAUGACAUAAGGCUUUUCAAUCAGCCUCAAAGUUCCGGGCGGGGUGUACUUCCUUAUAUGGACUAUACGGGGAUGUUCCGCUUGACAGGGUAUGGUUUUUGUCCUCUCUGUCCUUAACAGGGUAUAUAUAAUUUCGUGUGAGUCUGUCGUACGAUUAUUAUAAACAGGGCAUUGCGUGUACGAUUGAGGUGAUUUGCUUGAUGAAGGUUGUUUGUACUUUAAGUAUGCAAUGACUAUAACGUGAAUUUGCUCUACUGCAACAUGUAAAUAGGCUUCAAAACAAGGCGGCUUGCAUUUUGUCCUUUGUCUUAAACAGGGUAAUAAAAUUUAGGGUGAGGGUGAUGUCCUAAACAAGGUCAGGGCUUCAAACCCUCAGCGGCUCACCGCGGUAAACGCAAAUGUUGGUCGAGUAACCCACCCCGGGCAAAACGUUAUCUCGCACACAGAUCUCACAUAACCAAGAAGGACACCUGGAAAAUUGUGAAGCUGUUACCAAACCACACUUGGUUCUUUUUUGCGAGGUUAGGGCUGAUGUUUGUGUUGAUCGCAUACAAGUUCUAUGAUCGCAUAAGUUGGUAAAAAAUGACAAAACUUUGUUUAAACUAGAAAUACGUAAAUCGCAGGACCUCGCGAAGGACUUUGGGGGAAUCAAAUGUUAAAUCAUAAACCAAACGAGUCCAACUUGCCAAACACGAGCAAAUCGUGAUCGUGGACAGCAGAGCCUCAAGUGAAGCCGAGCAAUUCUUUGGAAUAAAUACCUGGAAAACCCAUUCCUGUGCAAAGUUGAUCGGCUUCAACACCGCUUCACUUAUAGCUAUCCUCUUAAUAUCAGGUAAAUCGUCAAGCUUUUAAAGAGCUUGUAGUAACUGCAAGACAUUUACAUUUUAAUAGCAUGCGGUUGAUCUUACCUGAUCGUAACUGACUUAUUGAUUCACACUUUUUCAUCCCGCCCUCCUCCCCUACAAAAAAAAAGCAUUUACACAAGUGAAUGUUUUCAAUGUGCUUGCAUGAUCUGAAACGCAGAUUUGUCUACGACUUAACCAACCGCCAACAUAAUAGUGUACCAAUGCGAAACUUCAAACUACGAAACAUAAUUCCAUUCCAUGUUUCCCCAGUCCUCUGUAAGUCUAACCAUAUUUUCUCUUAAAUGUUAGAACCCGUACUCCGCUGCAGCACAAGACAUUGAACCGGGUCCUUCCGGUGAACAAGGAACUUCAGCAACGGUGCUAGGAACGGAGCAAUCAGAGGAGACACGUCUCUCAGCCCCCUCAAUUCGAUCCCUUCAAGAAUCAUCAAGGUAUUUCGUACCCCUAAAUAAAACUAGAGGCUAGUUGGUAACGGGGUUGGUAUACAGUCCGCUGGCAUAAUUUUUCAGAAAUGUGCGUGCUGAACAUUCUACCUACAUCACAGGGUCCAGAGGAGAUGUGUUUUUCGUUAGAACAUCAAAGCCCGUCGAAAACCUCUGAAAAAAUGGGUUAUUUUGAUCGCGUUACAGUUUCGUUACACAUUCUAUUGACCGCAAACCAAGAGACUGAGGGCUCGCAACAUCGGCUUACUCGGCACUUCGUAGCCUGCGAUCAUGCCCUUUCCCUUUAUCUCUGUAAUCUGCCUUCGGGAGGAGGGCAUGAUACAUUUCUUUCACAGAUCACAUGCAAAAAAGCCAGAAUCUGGACUUUUUUCUGAUUGGAUAGGAAACAAUACGGAUGAUUUGCGCUGUUCCGAUUGGCCAAAACGCCGCCAUCCGUUAGUUGUUGUUGAUUUCAGUCUGCAUUUUUGCUUGCGUAAUGAGCAGUGCACACGCGAGUUCGUUAUGAAAUUUCUGCCUGCUCAGUUUUCUUGCCAGUUUGAAAAAUGUCUAAAUAGAAAUUUCAUCCAUUGAAAUAUUUUCCAUUUCGUCGUAUACUAAAACUUGCAGUCAAAAUUUCCCGAUCAUUUGAAUUCAAUUUGAUACCGGCUACAAGUUACAGAAGCGACAAACGGGUUCACUUUUCAAAUAAUUAAUUCAUGAAUGGAAUCUUGACCUGGUUUGACUGUAAUUCCUGUCAUUCCUCCUUCAGGAACCUGGGAAUUAUUCUGAGCGAUCUUCGCUUUUACAACACUUUUCAGCUCGUGAAAUAUGGUGCUUCAGCCUAAUUUUUUUUCCGAGCUUUCGGCACAUAACGAAGUCAACGAGCUUUUACCUGAAAAUUCUUUAUUAUUUGUAGCUGUUAAAUCAAGGUACGGCAGCUCCAACUAGCAGUAUUUCAUCACAAAAAAAGAUUUUAAAAUUUUUCCUAGGAAGCGCCAUCUGAACGUACUUAAACGUUUUCUUUUCCCUAAAAGUUAUUUCGAAAGAGACAUUAUUCCCGCCAAAAUUUGAUUCCCUUCUGUUAAACGCUGAUUGGCUGAUAACGUGACAGGUCAAGCAGACGUUAGAUUAUGUAAAUUAGGGGGCGGUUGAUGGCUUGUUAAAUAAAUGUAUCAGGCGUAAUUUUUUUCCUUCUCGAGCCAAAGAAGCCAAAAAAAAAAAAAUUACGCCUGAUCUCAGGUUAGGCACUUCGUGCCUCGGUCGCCCUUCGGGCGACGUUCCGUGCGCCAGCGAGGAUAUGGCUUGCGGUUAUUGAUUUUUAAAAUGGCGAACAACAAAGUCGAUCUGGGUCAGAUAAGAAGCGAAGAAAUCGUUUCCAGUAGAUUCGUUAAGAUCUCAUUGGGUUAAUAAAUCGUGCUAAGACAUUUUACAAAGUGACACUUUAAAUAAGUAAUCCAUUUAUUCACACGAAACUCCUCUGGACCCUGUGCCUACAUGCUAUGCCAUGCCUACAUGAAACCAUACGCUUAACACUCUUGGAAGGCUUUGACCUGGUCCACACCGUCCACAGUGAUGCGUAUUCGUUUGAAGACGGUUUGGCCUUACGGUCACACUAAAAAAAUCAGAGAGCGUUUCGUAAACGGUUUCGAACUGGAACUUUUUGAAACUGAAGGACAACGUUUUAAUACGGACGGGUAACCAUGAAGGUUUUUGAAAAUGCACCCUUGCAGCUACUUAUGUUUGCAAGCUUUAAAGAUGGCGGGAAAGGACGGUAUUGAGAAGGUACGAGCCGAUGUGCGUAAUAUGGUGUGUUUAAGAUGACUUCGUAUGGACAGACGAUGAAAAGUAGGCGAAAACGCUAAUGUGGACGCACUGCUUUCCUUGCGGAAGCUUCCGUUGCUUCCCGGAGAGGGCCUCCGACCUUGACUGCGAUAUCAUUUCAACUUACUAACCCCAUCUAACGCGUCUUGGGACGCUCUUAGUACGUAAUUGAAUUUUACAAGCAAGUUGGAAUUUAACAAAAUGAGAGAAGUGUUAGAGACCAUCUCAAGUCUUCUAAAAAAAUCUCGAGUACAAGUAAACAAUGCGUGCUUUUUAAAUCUUAAUAAAACACUGGCUUUAAGUAAGAGCACGUGCUCUAUGAAAUCAUAAUAAUAGUGUUUAACCAAUCAUGUCAAAGGCGCCUUUAUUUCCUUGUGUCUUUUUUUUAAUCAAAAUGCACGUUCUGACAUUUUGAAAAGUAAUAGUUAUUUUUCCUACCCUUUAGGGCUGAAUUAUCCAAGAUACCUCCUCAAAAACCAAAGAAGCGGUCGUCACAGAUGUCGCUUAUCUCACGUUCAAGUGAUCUUACAAAAUUUCGCCUAAGAAAAGUUGAACCAGAGCCCUUAAAACCCUUGCGAGUACAGUCAGUGGGUCCAGAGGCCUGGUGCCCACCUUCGCUUCAAGAUGAGGCGGUUGCCUGGGGAGAGGUACAUUCUUUAGAGGUAAAAGACCAAGUGUAUCGAAGUUGUUUCCAGUAAAUUUAUACUCCAUACAACGUAUCCAGUCUCUGAAUGAAAGAAAGGCAGCACAAAAAGAGACGAGAGCAGGAGCCAAUAAUAGACCUUUUUACCGAUACGGCGGCCAUAUUGAAUUAAUUCGACUUAAGGAGUAUUAUGGGAUGCCCAGGGGGCACGAGCACGAUCCCAUAUACUCGCUCAGUAUUUACGCGCGUUUUUCGGGACAAUUUUUCCUUAAGCUUUCCUAUAAAAACGUUGUAAUUAGAAAAAUAGAUCGUUGUGCCGUGUUUGGAUGUAACAAUUAUCGCCUUUUUCCCCGAAAAAUAUACAGAGAAGUUCUCUUUUUGCCCGAAAAGCGCGCGUAAAUACUGAGCGAGUGCCACCUGGGCAUCCCAUAAUACUCCUUAAAUCUAAUGAAUUCAAUAUGGCCGCCGUAUCGGUAAAAAGGUCUAAUGAGAUGGAUAGUGUUGUGACCGGCUGAUUGGCAUGGGUUUGUCCCUUUGUUUGUCGACAAUCUUGGAGUGGAUUCAUUUGCAGCUUGCGAGUUUAGGCUCAAAAACACUGGAGAAUUCGCUACAAAUGAAUUCAUCCUUGAUAAGCAGGCUCAACACUAACAAACACUGCUUGCUGCUAACGAUCUUCAGCUAAUUUGUUAAAAAUGCUUAAAUAUGGGUCAUACUUAACAAAUAUAUACAUCAAGAACAGCCCGCGGAAAUAGGCCUUUUGCAUUAGUUGAUCACGUGAUCAACUUUCGCUGAACACGAAAACAGUUCGCUUUUGAAAAAUUUUGCUAGCACGAGCUGAAAGAGCAUGUUAAGAUUAGGUAACCUGUAAAUUUUCAGCCGUAUAUCUCAAAAGUAGCGAUUGCAAAGACCGCCGAAAAUUAGAAGGAUUUGUAUGAGGAAAACAACUUUUGCCAACCAGUCACGCUUGCAGACACUUUAGAUCAGGAAUAAGAAUCGUACUUUUAGCGUCCCUCCGCAGUCUCGCUUUCCGUUUUCAGCCUCGUUCCAGACCCUUCGUUUAACUGCUCGCGUGCAGUUGAAUUGACGCAAAAAUUCGGACUGUUUUGCAGUCUAAUAAGACCCUGUAUACAGCAAGUUUUUGUAGAAACUGUAUACCCUGUUCAGGACUAAUGUAACGUUUAGGUUUAAAACCAGUACAAAAACGUGUACGAUCAGUUCGCUCGCUCAACGUUGGUUCCAAAGAGAUCGCAUUCACUUUAAAGGAGAUUAGUGUAAAUUAACUAUAAGGAACGAUCAAGCAACGUGAAUGAACUGAGCUUACAGUGUUUCGACUAGUAAAUACCAGGUUUAUUAGAAAACAAAUCAUGAAUUUACAGUAUCUCAUUUAGCACCAUAUCUUUAUUUGUUUUUCUGUUUAUUUAUAUCUUAAAUUACGUUUUCUAUUAAAGUAGCCACACUAAACCACACGUCACUUCUGUUCAUUGUUUUCAUUCCCCAUUUCUGUACAUUCGUGAUCUUUCCUGAUAAACCUGAUAAAAAAUGGUAUUUGCCGGUCGAAUUAUAGUAACUACAGCCUAUUCAUGUUGUUUGAUCAGUCCUUGCAGAUGUUCUGUUCAGGACAAAGAGGAAAAAAAAACAGUAUCUGUCAACCGACACGUCCCCUUAUCAGGUGCUGCUCCUCUACCCGAAAUGAGAUAAACUAGUGAGCAUUUUCUCGGAAAACUUACGACUCUAAUCUUGGGUCAAGGACCAAUCAACGCAACUAACACGCAACGCAAAUGUUUACAUUACAACUUCAAAACCUACCGAUAAAUCUGCUGUCUGAGAAAAUAGCUUUUGCAAGACUGCAAGUUUGAAUUUCACACAUAUUUUUAACCCCGCUGGACUAUAGGAUCAGUUUUGAUGGGAUGAUCCGCAAAAUUCUGAUAUAAACCAGUCUUUUUCUAGCUUCGACGUACUUAGCAUAACCUGUCAGUGAAUCGUGUCAAUCAUGAUCGAUUCCUAUUUUACGGAAGUUUUUUUAAGCCCGUCCACUGUAACUUAGCCUGCGCGCAAACGAGUAACUAAGAAAUGAACCUUAUGACGUGUCACAUGAGGUUGCAGUUCCUUUAACGGCUCCUAACAUAUGUCGAAAGGGACGCCAUCAUGAAACGCAAACGGUUGCUCUGCCCUUUUUUGGCCCUGUUAAUGCUAUUUUCAACUUCAAAACUGUUAACCCUGGCUGGAGAAUACACCGCUGCUGUUUACGAACACAAAACGUUUUUUGAGGCCGGUUAUCAUACAAGAAGCCAAGCUCUUCGAGUUAUGCAGAAAAACCUUGAAGUCUUCCAAAACGUGUCUCGCCUGGCGAAAGAGAAGGGAGCAGAUGUAAUAGUUUUUCCUGAAGACGGCAUUUAUGGAUUUCUCUUCGAAAAUCGUGAUGAAAUUUUUAAUUACUUGGAAGACAUCCCAGACCCGUCUAGUAUAAAGAAGAAAUGGAAUCCGUGUACUGAACCAGAUCGUUUCCCCAACACGGAAGUGUUAAAGCAGCUCAGUUGCAUCGCUCGCAACUCGUCUAUCGCGUUGGUUGCAAACAUGGGAGAUGUGAAGUUCUGCAAGAAAUCAGAUCCGCAUUGCCCUCACGAUGGAAGGUAUCAAUACAACACAGACAUUGCGUUUGACACCGAUGGCACGCUCCUAGCAAGGUAUCAUAAGCAACAUCUCUUCUCUAAAUAUGAACCACAGUUCAACAGCCCACUGAAGGCGGAAAGAGUUACUUUUAAUACUUCGUUCGGAGUGACUUUUGGUGUGUUUACAUGUUUCGAUAUUAUCUUUUAUGAUCCUGCUAUGGCGCUUGUGGAGAAACUGGGUAUUCGGAACGUUGUGUUCACAACUGCUUGGGUAGGUGGCCUCCCUACCCUGUCUUCGAUAGGGUUCCAGCAAGCUUGGUCCAGAGCUACGUCCGUUAAUCUUCUUGCAUCUAAUCAACAUAAUCCCUCGAAAGCAAUGACAGGAAGUGGAAUAUAUUCAAAAGGUGACCCGCUUCAAUACGUCUACGACGAGACGUCUUCUAAGAAACAUCUCCUAGUAACUCGAGUGCAAGACAAAGAUUCGCAGCUUGAAAUUAAUCAGGAACAGCCUAAAGAAGCUACGCUCUAUGACUGCCAAAUACAGGAGACAUUUACCUCAACAGUUAGACGUGAUAGGUACACUUUUAGCAAGCUAUCCGGUGCUAACGGCAACGUCUGCGUCUGUUCCAAUGAUCUUUGCUGUCAAGCAAACUACUCUACGGUUAGCGAAAAGGCUUUUGAAACAGAGAUGUUUGCCCUCGGGGCUUUCAGCGGCCAUCACAAGAAAAAAACAGGAUACUACAUCCAAGCUUGUAUUCUGAUUAAAUGUGACAAUAUGGAGAAACAAUCCUGUGGUACUGUGUUAAACACAACAUCGUCAACGCUUUUCAAGAAGUUGAGUAUCGCGGGUAAUUUCUCCUCGAAAACAUACGUGUUCCCUGAGGUCUUGCUGAGUAAUAUGCUGUUGACUACAGGAAACGAAACAAAGUACUUUGGAAAUAAACUAGUCGCUGAUGAAUUAGAUCGUCCUUUGUUCUCAGCCAUUCUAUUUGGUCGCACAUUUGCCUUGGAUCCACCAAUUGGCCACCGUGUAGCCUCCACUAUGACUAGUGCCAACCAUGAGGACAACAGUUUAAUAAUUGGAGUUAGUGUAGCAGCUGGGGUAAUUGGGCUGAUAGCGAUAAUUCUCGUCAUCUACUACCGAGAAAAGAUCAAGUCUACUUGUUUUCAUUCUAUUCAGCGUGUGAAGAGAGAUGGGUAUUCCACCGUUUAGCAGGAACGUGUUCAAUAGUCCAAACACUGGGCAAAUUCAUGCAGUCACGGUGACAUUGCCUUUUUGUGAACUUUUAACGGCACCCGUUUCAUGCAAGAAAUAAAGAGCAAGCUAUAACGUUGUUAUUAACCCUCAAAGCCAGUGAUUACAAUCUAGUUUCUCCUUGAAAAAUCACUGGUUAAUCAAACAUAAAGUCAAGAAAUAAACAAAAACGGUACCAUAGGAAAUGUAUGUAGAGCAUUGCCGAUUAUAACCUAUUUGCUGAAUUUUUUUUUAGGUUAAGAGUGAUAACUUUUAAAUAUUUCGUACUACUAAGAAGAAUGAAUUUGCAAUAUUUCAAUUCAAAGUGAUUUAGUGCUUAAGUAGAUAAUGGAUUGCGAGCAGUUUCUUAUUCUUCUUAAAAGUUAUGGUGAAAUGGCACAUGUAGCACACAGCAAUGUUAUUAAGAAGCAAUAAAAUUAGUGGCACAGCUGCAAAGUGCAAGGAGGUAAUUAAUGGGUUUUUAUUUUAUUAAUGUUACAUGUAUUGUCUCCAUUUUUCUUUAAUGUUUUUCUCUCUGAUUUAAGUGCAGCAAUUUGAACAGUAUUUAAUUAACUUUAAACUGUAGGAAGUCAUACGUUUUUAUUACAAUUAAAUGGAAUAGUCUGGCCAAUCAACUCGAUUAGCCUCCGCAGGUAUUUGAACAAAAAAAUUGCCAAAUAUAUUAUUUGACCUUUUUGUUUCACUUACCUUUUGUCUUAGUUACAAUUUUCGGUAAAUAGGCUAAAGAAAUUAAACAGUGAUUGAUAAAUUGAUUGAUUGAUUGAUUGAUAGAUAUAUAAAAGUUAACUGUCAGGACAAUGCAAAUUUACCACUCAAACCGCCAAACAAUCUUAGUCAAGUCAUUUCACUCAAGGCUUUAGAAAGGCUUGUUUAUGUUUCUUUUUAAUUUGGUAAUUUAAUAGUUAAAUUACAUUUGAAUUAAUUUCAAUUUUAAAAUGUUUUAAAUGCUACACGAAUAUUGUAGAAUUAGAAAAGGCUUACAUUAGAUGAAGCGGUAAGAAAAUAACCAAGUCUCUGAAGGGGCACAUAUGACCUCUCAGAGUUACGGAGAUGUAGUGGAAGUAAAUGCUACUGACAUACAUGUAAAACUGCCAUUAAGUUAAUCAUUGUUUUCUUCAUCAUCUUUACGUAACCAUUAUAAUAACCCAUGGCCGAUCCAGGGGAGGGCUCCCCCCCUUAUUUUCAGAUCAUACUGGUGCCCGAACGGCGCAAAAAAAUUUUUUUGAAGACCGCACCCCCUCUUAUCUAAGGGGCUGGAUGAUGACUCCUAUCAACAUACUGUAGUCAUCAUCGCCAUUGGCUGCGGUCACAUCUGGGCUACUAACUAUAGUUAACUAUUUCGGUAAUGUGACCGCUUCUCUGUUCGCUCUAACUAUAGUUAAUACAGACUAACUAUAGUUAUACCCAAGCAAGGUUCGUGGGUUAGUCUUAAGUUUACAAACGAACAACGAAUCAGAAUGUGACACUUCUUUUCGCACGUGCGAGAUGAGCAUAUAUGAAUAUGAAAAACAAGACUCUGUGGGAGCGUAUAUUUGGGCGUGGUCAUACUACGGGUAUGAUACUUUGAACAUGCCUUAUUGCAGCUAAACAACUGUCAUCAUAUCUUACCAGAGAAGAUAAAUCCUUUACUCAACUUGUUUGCUGAACUACACGGCUUAUACAGUAUGUCCCAAUCGGCAACAAAAAUUGUGUCAUUUCAUGACAAUGUUUGAAAAUAUGCACAUCUUCAAUGCAGACAUGCUUGGAGCCAAAUUGCAACAUAUGACAUAAGUGGUUACAGCCCGGAGAGUAAGGUUUAUCUCAGCUCCACUGAUACUGACAAUUUGAGGAAGAAUGACUGACAGAUCUGUUUUCACACCCAUCACACUGUACAGUGUAUUCCUGACAAGGGCAAAUAAAGUUCCUUAAGUCCAGUAUCUACAAGGAUUAAAAAGAGAGUAACAUAUUGCAUAAACUGCUAUAGGGCAGCAAUGUUUACAGGAACAUUGGUAACUAUUAACAUUUGAUAUACUACAAUGUUCAACAUUGCUUGAGAAAAGAUGAGGUUCAAAGGUGGCAAUAUGUACACCUCUAAGUUCAUAUAUAUGCUCAUUCCUAUGUAGAGUCUGAGAAUAUUGUACUAUUUUAUGCAUGGACGGUAUUUCCAACAAUACAGAUGUCCCUUCACUAUACAUAUCUCUAGAAUGAGAAUCGAUUACAUUAUAUCCCCCAGCCUCAAUGCUGUAGAUACCAACACCAAUAAUUGCCACCGUUAAAAUAAAUGAGUUGUAGUUCAGUGCCAAGAGUGUUUCAAAUGCUGUACCCUGUGAGUGGCACAUACAGUAGUGAUACCCCUCAAUUCUGGGAUCACCAUGGGUGUUACAAGUAUAACUGUCACUGUAUUCAAGGUGGAAAAAUUGCUCAAACACUGUAACCAUUCCUGGCAAUUCUGUUAACAUUAACAUAGAUUGUCUUGCAAGCAGUGACAGACUAGAAUAUAACUGAAUACCACCAGUCAUUAUUUGAGUCAUAUCAUCAACUGAAGUAAUCUUUGUUAUCUUACUGUAAAUUAAAGCGCACAGACUCAUUCCGACACAUUGUUGUCCAGCAUUUUCCCCAAAUACUGUAACAUUUCCUUGACAGUAUAGAGCAUGAAUUGUUUUUGUAGCAUCUACAUAAACUGAAGGUCCUGGGUGCUUCUCGAUAUCAGUACAACGCUUAAAUUGGCCAAAAUUAACCCGGUGAUUCAAACUGUUGUGAGGGGCAAAUUCUUACUUAAAAGCCUAUUUGGAUAUCUCAUUCCACCUAAAUCGCCUGUGCUUUGAUGCUUAGACGACAGAUACACCUCCCUCGUUUACGAACUAGUUUUGUAGUUGCCCUUUAAGUAAAAACCUCACACUGUUACGGUUACUUCUGUACCUGUUUAAGUGUAAACAUAUCCUAUUUUUAACGUAACAGUGAAUUUCAGACGACAAUGGUGUGUUUUUCCGAAUACUCUUCCAUGCAAAAAGUGUCACUUUCAGUAUUUUCCUUAACAAAGAUUUUAAUUUGUUCAUCCGAAGUCUGCUAAGUGCAUGACUGCGUUGAGAAAAAUGACUAACCUGAUUUAAACCAAUGGAAUUGUAAGUUCUGUUAUAAAUAGAUUUCCCACGACGAGAUCUCAAUUCAACUUCUUUUAUUUCCUCCACAACACAAUUUUCCUUCUGUACAACUAGCUCAUCACCUUCUCUUAUCGUCACCUCGCUGCCAUCAAAACACUCUAACACAAAACUUGCUGAUAAUGCAAACUCCCGACGCACAGCAUCGUACAUGUACCGCGUCACAACAUACACAAUUAGAUGAAAAAACACAACACGCAAUACAAAAACAAGUACAUUAACCGUCACCCUGCUAAACAAAAUUGAAAUAAUAAAAAGAAUUGUUGCAGUUAUCACAGUAGUUCCAAAAGAAUCCUCAGUCCCUUUUGGUUUCAAUUGCUGACAAUCGUCUCUUCCUUCAUCGAAAGAGAUUUUUAUCACAGGCAACUCGUUGUGUUCCGCAAUGCAAAAAUCAAAAUCACCAUUGUCACACUGAUAACCAGCUACACAAAUCUUGCGACUCUCAAACUUGUUAAACGUUCCUCUGUUUUAACUCUUAUUUAUUUUACACGUACACUCCUGAUAUUCCGAUUUGUCAUUGCGUCUAUGGGGUCCAUGAGUCUUUAAUGUCAUUGAAUGUCUUGAUAAUUUCCUUUGUUUUACUUUGAGUUCGCUGACCAGCUCAUUCCGAAAACACUCAGUGUUUUCUAGUGUUUUCUAGUGUGGGCCUACCGCAAACAGUGUGUGCAUUUGUAAGUUUAACCCAGGAUAACAUAAUUGAACAAUAUAUUAACACGUUCCUCGAAACGCCGCGGCCAAAUGUUAUCCAAACUGCUUCUUACUGCUGCUUCGAAAAAUUUCGGAUCAAACGAUAUCCAAAUCGUCCCUCAUUGGAUUAUCCACUUGACCUAACAAAAUCGACCAAUCAUAAAAUAAGGAAAAGAAAAUGGACAUAAAAUAAAGAAAACAGCAAAUUCAGGUGACCUCUUAGGAAACAUGCAAUUAAAACUGUCUUUCUACGAUUGGUGCAUUUCGAUCCUCUCGUCAAAAACAUGUCAGACGCCAAUCAUCUUAGCGGACCUCUUAGGAAACAAAAGUUUACUUCAACGGGUUCAGAAGGUCUUUGUUUGUGUUGUGAUUUGUGAUUGGUGGCUUUCGAUCAGUUUUGUGAGUUUCUGUGUUUCAAGGUUCGUUGCUUGUGAUCUUAUUGUGACCAAAACCCGACGUUAAUAUUCAAAGUAUUUUUGAUAGAUUUCAUCCCUGGACUUCAGACUUCUAAAUUUCGAUGAGGCAAAAAUACUGAAGAUUCAGAUUAACUUUUGAGAUCGUAAAAGUGCGAUAAAGUGCAGUGUGCUAGCAGAGCUUUCUUUCCCACAUGUCUCUUACCUUGUACAAGACGUUCGCCUCGCCUCGCUUGUUUACUUGUCUUGCUUACGUUAGCACGUAUUGCGUGCCUAUUGCAUAUUUGCGUCAAAACAAGCCGUUUCCAUUACUCUAUUUCCAUUACUUCUAAUUACUUCGGCGGAGCGCGAAGUAAAGGAUUCGCGACGCUCAGGAAUGUAUCAAAGUUACAAUUUUUUGACAAGAUUGGGCAUGCAAAGUCUGUAGGUUUUCGGUUUUAUUCGGCUAUUUGACGAAGUGAGAGCCGAAUUAGUUCGAGAUAUCUCGAGAUAACUUCGAUUUCUUUGAUUUUUUCUUUAACUUUUUCGAGGAAGAAAGAAUUAUUGUUUUGGCUUCCCCGGGGUUUGAACCGCCUCACCUGUGUGAGCCGUCAGGUCAGAAGAGACUCUAAGUUGAGGGAUUAGCCUAUUGCGCUACUGCGACCCAAGGUUGUUCGGGAUAUGAAAAAUAGUUAUGAAAUUAUGCACUAGUUUCGGGACAAGAUUGGGCGUGCAAGUUCGCGACUUUUCGGCUUGUUUCGGCUAUUUCACGAAAUGAAACCGGACUACUUUGUGAUAUCUUGAGAUCACUUUGAGUUUAGUGUUUAAUUUACUCGAGGAAUAAAUAGAGGAUAUUACGUGGCCGCGCAGAGACACGAAAUUUCUCUUCGAGUGUUGAAAAACAUUCCACCAGUGAGCCCUCGUUUCGAACUGCUUUAUGAUGACUUUAAAGUUACAAAAUGCUGUACGAAGACAUUUUGUCUUUUUUGAGUGUUACGUAGUAAAAUUGCUUUCAUACGUUGAGUGACUUUCUCGAACGUUCUCUACUUUUUUGGAUUAUUCAUGAAUAAUAAUUAGGGCAUGUUUACAUUUCAGCAUGAGUCAGCAGAUUUGCAUCAGUUACUGAAGUCAUAAAAUAUGUCGAAAGGCUACUACUAUUCGCCCGUUUAGUAUUUUGUAGAACCUUAUGUCAAACGGUAUACCAGUUCCAAGCGAGGUCUUUUGAUGACCUAAGUUUUUUUCCCACGAGCUGGACUGCUGUGUUUAGUCAAGUGUAACGAAGGUCGAUUUUCAAGUUCUGUGUUUACAAGUUGGCGGAAGCCGUAAGAUAUCUGAAGUUCAAGUGAGAGUUUGUUAUUAUUGGUAGAGGCUGUUUAGUUGUACUUGAGUUCAAGUCAAGUUUGUGUUGGCGGAUGCUGUGUUUUAAAGCUCUGAAAAGGCUAUGUUCCUUUGGUAUUUAGCCUGCGUGGCAGGCGCAAAAAGGGGAGGGGGAGGGGGGAGGGAGAAAGGGAAAAGGGAAGGGAGCACCUGCUCUAAGAGCCUAUGUUUUUGCAUAACGCCUACCAAUUUUCUAGUAAUCCGAUUACGCUUACUGUCAAUCAAUUGUCGCUACACUCGCCAUUGCAGAAAAGCAUUACACUCACGGACUAAAGAAGUUCGCUUAAAUAUUCAGAUCCAGAAGGCACUUUGGAGAAAAUUGAAACCCUUAUUCAGCCGUAAUAAAAAAAGCUUUACGCUUCAAAAGAGGUCAAAGAAAUUGCGCUUGCAUCAGAGGGCAAAUCCUGCCGACCAGAAAACAAUAACUACAGUCAAUCGAUAUGUAUGUCAUGACCUCUCAGUGUGAAACAAGCGGCUAAAAUAUAAAUGCAGAACCUUCCAGAGCAUAAUCUACCCAGCAGAUAAAAACAACUUUAUUGGAAUAAGCAGCAUUUUGGCAUGAGGUAAAACCACCCUCUUUUAUUGCUAAGUUACAUCGGCGAAUGUCAUCGUUCGAUAAAAUGGCUAAAUCUUUCGCUGGGUAGCUCAACAAUUCCAUCUCCUGCAACUGGUCUUCGAUAAUACUUUUCAGUGGCGAAAUGAAGAGAAUCGCCGCAUUACCAUUUAGCUCGUAGUUCUUCGCGGGUACAAACAUUUGGUAAAUUAAACUCUUGCCGUAUCCGGUCCGCAAAACCGCCAGAACAUCUCUGUCGGCUAAAGAGCCCUUACUGCUGAUUCUUGCUCUGGUUUAAAACAGUCUCUCUAUAUGUCUACCACUAGAUAAAUUCACAUCUCUCAAAGCACUCUCUACGACAUCCACGUCUACCGCUGCCAUCUCGACUGUUUGUUGAUUUGUGAAACGCACAUUUCAAUAUGUUACUCAUUACGGCUCAGCCAAUCAGGAUUUGCGGACGCCAGCGUCCGCAGAUAUGAACAAAAGGGGGUUCUUAGAGCAGGUGUCCCCUCCCCCUCUCCCCAAUCCCCCUUCCCUUUUUCCCUUCCUCCCUAUCCCCUACCCCCUACCCCUUUCGACGCCUGCUACGCAGGCUAUUGGUAUUAAACUUCCUUGUGUUAAUCCGACAUUCCUGCGUGCUGAUAGUCAGUGAAUAAUUAUCCUCAAAACAUUCGAACUCGUAACAGCCAAUUCCAUACUCAUCGUAAUUGACUCCUUACCCAUACCUUGCAUAUCUUUAAUCAGCACAUGAGACUGCUAUGCUGUUUUUGAAGCCUUAUUUUUUUUUUGUUAGACUUGUUAUUCACCGCCAGGAACCUCAUAUUUGACUUAGGUCUAAACGUUUAGACCCAAGUCAAAUUUAGAAGGAUUUGUAUGGAGUCAUCAGAGCAUAACUGGGCUAAGAUCUCAGAGAAUAUUUGUCCCGAAAUGCUAAUUUUUGGCAAGUAGGCCUCUUGGAUGUUGCUCUUUUCAGAAUAUCCUGACGAAUCCCAUAACUUCACAAAUUAACACCUUACUCUUACCAUAUUUCAUUUCUUACUAUUCCUCCGCAUUUACAAUUAAGUCAUGGUCCGUGUAAGAGGUAGGCAGGCGAACGGCAAAAGUGAUUAAAAGGUGCUAACUUUUAAUCAUUAAUUUCAAUUAAAUCAAGCCUUCUGAUUGGCCGAAAUCCAAAAAUCGCCAAAAAAACAGUCAGAAACGUGACAAAAACACCUUUUUUAAGCCUUAUUUUCCCCAUUCCCCUGUCUUAUACCUCACGGCCAAGUUUCAGCAUUGUUCUAUGCGCCAAUCAAAAGUUAGAGCGGAAAACGUGCAACACACGCGCGACCUUGUUGUGACCCCAUCUUAGUGUGACACUUGAGAUGUUAGGAAAUUUGUCUUUUACCCGAAGAAAUCUCGUCAAUUUCUUCAUGAAAAAUCUGCAUUUUUUCUUUAUUGAAUAUUUAUCUCAAAUUUACUGUAUUUUAUCAUCGGAGUGAUCGUCAAAAUGCUCUUAAACAUGGUUUGCUGCCUUCCUCGACAUGCCGAGUCGCCAUGUGGCGUAGUUGUUUUCGUGGUCAGGCCGGAUCAGGAGGAGAUCUGAAUAAUUGUGGCACUAGAAAUUGGAGUACAGCUGGGCAUAAAAGGAGAAAGCGAAAGAUUUGUUGUUUUUACAAGGAUCAAUUUAUUUCUCCAAGAGAUGUAGAACACUUGAGCUUGAGGUAAGCUGAAUUCAAUAGAUUUUCGCACCUCCGCGCGCAUUAUGUGUUAUUCAUGUGUUUGCCCUUUUCGAAACUUCCAUAUUCCGUGUAUCUUUACCCAUCUCUCAUUCGAUUUUUUUUCUCUCUAGACUGCUUCAUCAAGCGAAAUGGAAGUUCGCCGUGGACCUUAAGUUAAAAUGAGCGUAUUGAAAUUUGUGACACGUUUGCAUUUUGUACCUUUGAGUUCUGAGACGGAGAAUACCGAGACGGAAGCCGCUUAGGUAUCAUAAAUAGCUGUCACUGGUGUUUGAGUUUGUCUUGGUACGGAAGAUCUAGCGAGCAUGACUGUAGCUUGCCUUUAUUUUUUCCAAGGACGAGAGAGAUUGUAAGAAGGAUUUUUAUAGAGUAAUAUCAAAACCUUGAAAACAGUAGUAUGUAUGAAUACAGUAGUAUAAACUGUAGGAGAGCUUUUUCUGAAACCCAAUUAUCCGAACAUGCAGGAAUUUUUUUUAUCUGGGCAACAUCAUCUUUUUUUCCAAAAGCAGAACAUUUAGAUAACAUUUAGAUUUGAUUUUGUGUACUUGUUGUUGUUCUGUAUGGUGGCCGAAUAUGAACGCGCGACAUUGGCGCGUUCGCCAGAUUCGCCACGUGAGAGUGAAUUGCUGCUGUUUACGAUCAUGGUUUUGACAUUUCUUUUGUGAGAGCCGACGUAAAUGUUGUUCCCAACGUCGCUGAUUGAUGUAACACUGUGCUCAUCUUCGUGUAAUUUCAUAUCAGUUUAACUUCCUCGGGUUUGGCGCAUAGAAAUCUUUUAAAUUUUAGAUAUGUUAUAUUUUUCAACAUAACAAAGCAAUAGACGAAAUAAAAAGUUGUUCGAAUGAGUCUUGAGCUAUCUUAAUUCAACUUUAAAAUUCAAAUUUCGCGCUUUUCGCUGUAUUGACCAAUCAGAGCAUUCAGAUUUAAUUUGAUUAGAGAAAUUAGCGCCUGAAAAAUAACUGACGCUAUUGCCGCGGGCUAUUGUUUUUCUGCCUGCUUCUUAGCUGGACCAUUACUUAAUCAGUUCCACUACCACGACGCCGAAGUAUACGCUCCGUAGCGUCUUGUUUCAUCAGGAAAGCAUGCGCUCGUCUCUGCCGCACCUUCUUUGGCGCCAAUUUGAGCAAGCAGUCGAUUUGCUGGUCCAUUUAUUACUGUUAUUAAAGCAAGGCUAAAAUUGAAACACAGCUGAUACAUGAAUACUUGAUAAGUCAUCCAUAACUCGUUUCCAAAAUAAACUGAAACGGUUCUUUUCUCACGUCUCUUUUCCACUGAAGCGCAUUGAAAGUACGAAAACAUUUCAAGUUUAAACAGUCUCCUAGUGAGUUUUAACUCCCCUCAUUACAUAGAAAAACAUCGUAACGGCCGACGAGGUAAAAUAGAAAGGAAGAGAGAGGACCCUGGGAUCGAGGCUGUUGGAAGUGGCAGACUCGAUAGUCCCAAAUGAAAUAAAGAAAUAAGCCUUGCAAAUACGUGCAGACGUACUGUGUUACAAAUCUGUCUGGGUUUUCAUGGGGUAUAUAAUCUGUGCUACUUAGCUAAACUAAAAUCAAGGGUCACUCUUUAUGGCAACGCUAGGGGGUUAAAAACGCUCGCUGAACGUGAAGUCCGGCUAGCAACAAUUCUAGGGAUUUUAAAUACGCCGGUGAACGAAUCAGAUCAUAUUCGAGACUAAAUGAACGCCUCGAGUCAAACAUUAAUGCGUAUACCACAAAUCGAGUGAAGCGGCGAACUUCUCUCGGUCUCCUUUAGGCUUUUUCGCGUCUCUUCGCACCUCACUUGUUUGUUUGAACUAGCCAAGUUAUUAAUAUGUUUUUUUUUUUUUAAACAGCUGGCGUGAUGCCGAACCGGCUUUGCUAACUUAAUAAAGGUAAAGGAAAAGGAGUAAACUGCUAAAAGUAGGAAGGAAAAGAAAAAGAAAAGGAAGAAAGACAAAAAGCACACAAACUCGAUUGCCGGGAUUCGAGCUCGCGCUUCUCGGCCAGCUGUUAGCUUCUCGUGCCUGAAACUUCACCACGCAGCCAAGGAAACAAAAUACAAAACACGUUCGAUCUCUAAAUGUUAUGUCAGGAACAAUCAUGCGACCCACCGUCUGAAAAAACAUUUCUCACACGGUUAAAAAUGCAAUUAAAAUAUAAAAAAAAGUGACGUGAAUCGUGCAAAUAUCUUUUGCACAAAAAAACUAAAACAGAAGAGAGUGUGACCUUCCAAAACAUCUUUUCUUUAAUAGCCGACUUUCGUGAUGUAGUAUCGGUGCUGCCAGCAGCCCGACUACUAAAUCCAAGUAGAAUCUUUGUGGCUGAAAAAAAAAGCUAAUCGACCGUGGAAAAUCAGGGAGUCUUUCCUUGCUUUUUGAUUGUCAUCGUAGUCAAGCACGCAACAUUAAAAAAGCAGCUGCUUGAGAAUUGAUUUGCGCCAAAAAAGGGAGCAAUUUUCAGUUUAAUUUAUUUCUUUAAGUCAUUCUGCAUAUAUUACAUUCCGCAUAAUUAUGUCAUUCCGCAGGCUAUGUCACAUGCCAUUUCGCAAACUCAUUCCUCCUCUUACCCUCUCCGCUUUUGCAAGACUGCAGGUUUGAAUUUCACACAUAUUUUUAACCCCGCUGGUCUAUAGGAUCAGUUUUGAUGGGAUGAUCCGCAAAAUUCUGAUAUAAACCUGUCUUUUUCUUGCUUCCGCGUACUUACCAUAACCUUUCAGUGAGCGUGUCAAUCAUGAUCGAUUCCUAUUUUACGGAAAAGUUUUUUUAGCCCGUCCAUUGUAACCAAGAAAUGAACCUUAUGACGUGUCACAUGAGGUGGUUGCAGUCCUUUUGACGGCUCCAAACACAUUUCGAAAGGGACGCCAUCAUGAAACGCGUACGGUUGCUCUGCCCUUUUUUGGCCCUGUUAAUGCUAUUUUCAACUUCAAAACUGUUAACCCUGGCUGUAGAAUACACCGCUGCUGUUUACGAACACAAAACGUUUUAUGAGGUCGGUUAUCAUACAAGAAGCCAAGCUCUUCGAGUUAUGCAGAAAAACCUUGAAGUCUUCCAAAACGUGUCUCGCCUGGCGAAAGAGAAGGGAGCAGAUAUAAUAGUUUUUCCUGAAGACGGCAUUUAUGGAUGGCGCUUCGAAAACCGUGACGAAAUUCUUAAUUACUUGGAAGACAUCCCAGACCCGUCUAGUCUAAAGAAGAAAUGGAAUCCGUGCACUGAACCAGAUCGUUUCCCCAACACGGAAGUGUUAAAGCAGCUCAGUUGCAUCGCUCGCAACUCGUCUAUUGCGUUGGUUGCAAACAUGGGAGAUGUGAAGUUCUGCAAGAAAUCAGAUCCGCAUUGCCCUCACGAUGGAAGGUAUCAAUACAACACAGACGUUGCGUUUGACACCGAUGGUACGCUCCUAGCAAGGUAUCAUAAGCAACAUCUCUUCUCUAAAUAUGAACCACAGUUCAACAGCCCACUGAAGGCGGAAAGAGUUACUUUUAAUACUUCUUUCGGAGUGACUUUUGGUGUAUUUACAUGUUUCGAUAUGAUCUUUUAUGAUCCUGCUAUGGCGCUUGUGGAGAAACUGGGUAUUCGGAACAUUGUGUUCACGACUGCUUGGGUAGAUGGCCUCCCCACCCUGACUUCGAUAGGGUUCCAGCAAGCUUGGUCCAGAGCUACGUCCGUUAAUCUUCUUGCAUCUAAUCAACAUAAUCCCUCGAAAGCAAUGACAGGAAGUGGAAUAUAUUCAAAAGGUGGCCCGCUUCAAUACGUCUACGACGAGACGUCUUCUAAGAAACAUCUCCUAGUAACUCGAUUGCAAGACAAAGAUUCGCAGCUUGAAUUUAAUCAGGAACAGCCUAAAGAAGCUACGCUCUAUGACUGCCAAAUACAGGAGACAUUUACCUCAACAGUUAGACGUGAUAGCUACACUUUUAGCAAGCUAUCCGGUGCUAACGGCAACGUCUGCGUCUGUUCCAAUGAUCUUUGCUGUCAAGCAAACUACUCUACGGUUAGCGAAAAGGCUUUUGAAACAGAGAUGUUUGCGUUCGGGGCUUUCAGCGGCCAUCACAAGAAAAAAACAGGAUACUACAUCCAAGCUUGUAUUCUGAUUAAAUGUGACAAUAUGGAGAAACAAUCCUGUGGUACUGUGUUAAACACAAGAUCAUCAACGCUUUUCAAGAAGUUGAGUAUCGCGGGUAAUUUCUCCACGAAAACAUACGUGUUCCCUGAGGUCUUGCUGAGUAAUAUGCUGUUGACUGCAGGAAACGAAACAAAGUACUUUGGAAAUAAACUAGUCGCUGAUGAAUUAGAUCGUCCUUUGUUCUCAGCCAUUCUAUUUGGUCGCACAUUUGCCUUGGAUCCUCCAAUUGGCCACCUUGUUCCCUCCACUAUGACUGGUGCCACUGAACCAUGAGGAUAGCAGUUUAAUGAUUGGAGUUAGUGUAGCAGCUGGGGUAAUUGGGCUGAUAGCGAUAAUUCUCGUCAUCUACUACCGAGAAAACAUCAAGUCUACUUGUUUUCAUUGUAUUCAGCGUGUGAAGAGAGAUGGGUAUUCCACCGUUUGGCGGGAACGUGCUCAAUAGUCCAAACACUGGGCAAAUUCAGUCACGGUGACAUUGCCUUUUUGUGAACUUUUAACGGCACCCGUCCCAUGCAAGAAAUAAAGAGCAAGCUAUAAGGUUGUUAUUAACCCUCAAAACCAGUGAUUACAAUCUAGUUUCUCCUUACAAAAUCACUGGUUAAUCAAAUAUAAAGUCAAAUAAAUAAACAAAAACGGUCAUGGUUGUUAAGAAAAUCUUCUCUUCAGUACCGUAGGAAAUGUAUGUGGAGCAGUGCCGAGUAUAACCUAUUUGCUGAUAUUUUUUUGGGUUAAGAGUGAUAACUUUUAAAUAUUUCGUACUACUAAGAAGAAUGAAUUUGCAAUAUUUCAAUUCAUAGUGAUUUAGUAAGUAGAUAAUGGAUUGCGAGCAGUUUCUUACUCUUCUUAAAAGUUAUGGUGAAAUGGCACAUGUAGCAAACAGCAAUGUUAUUAAGAAGCAAUAAAAUUAGUGGCACAGCUGCAAAGUGCGAGGAGGUAAUUAAUGGGUUUUUUAUUUUAUUGUGUGGUUUUAGAAAAUAUCCAUGCCCCACGGAAGGGAUUUGUCGUAUGAAACCCCCUCCCCUGUGGAUUUUCCAAAAUCGGCCCCCAAAAUUUACCCCCCUCCCCUCCGGAAUUUCCAAAAUUUUCGCACACCCCCGGGAAAUGUUGCUUUCUCUAAUUGAAGUCAACAAAGAAGUAGUUUUGUUCACCAGGAUGCCAAAUUUUGUGAGUUUCAUGUAUUUUCUGUGGAAUUGAAUAACAGAUAAGCGAAUUCCUUAUGCGCUCAAGUCACAGACAAAUUUUGUGCGUUUCAUGUAAUUCUGCAAUACUGCAAAUGAAAUGCAAGGUCGCGUAGCAAACAUAACUGUACUUUUCUCGCACUGCGUCAAGAAGAAACCAACACUUGAAGAAGUAUAACUAGUAAUACUUGGCACUACAGCUGCCCCCGCUCUGUAUGUUGUCGGGCAAUAGUAUUCUUGCUCGUUGUGUAGCUCUUAAAUAUACCGAUUUCAUAUAUAAUGAAGAUGUUCUCACAUAUUCCAUACAAUAGGUGAGAUAAAUUCAGGAAACGCAAGGUUCCAUGCACAGUUUCGAUUCGAUUUACACAGCUUUGAUCAAAACAUUCUCAGUUUCGAGAAUAGUUUAUUCUAAACCACAAGAAGAGAUUUCAUUAGAAGUUUAAUUUUUCGCUAUUUCUGUUUCACCUUUUGCAUUUAGUUCAUUUUAUUUGCCGGAAAGUAAGCCUUAAAAAUUAAAAGGACGUUUGAUCAAAUCACGCUCGCGCAUUCUAGUCUUUUAAACUUUAUAGCGUAGGGACAUCUGUGCGCGGGGAAUAAGUCAGCACAGAAUUUGAUGAUCGGCGAAUUUCUGUAAUCGUCCAUCGUUCUGCUAGUGAUAAGCUAGCCGUUGAAUCAUUCACUUUGGGGCCGAGUCUUAUUCCGGUCAAAGAAAGAGAAAGAGUGUCUGGCAAGGUUUCCAAUCAAAGAUUUGUGAACUCGUGUCUGGCAUAACUCACUUGAUGUUAAAAUAUACACUGUUAUACGCACCUUAUAACUUCAUCUGCGCUUAACGAGUGUCUUUUGGUCCAUAACUUUCGUAACAACUGCUCCACAGAAGAUCACUGAUAACUCGUAAAGCAGAAAACUAUCGAAGUAUGACUGCACAAUUAAUGUCACAAAAUCUACCUAUUGUAAGCGGUUCCUUCGGGAUUUUUUGUGUUUUACGUCAUCCUAACCAUUUCGUACUUGCGGGCGCAAACAAUAGAAACGUCAUCAUUACCUACCGAUUCCUCGCGGCCCCUGUUCAAGCAAAUCGAGAUUUUUUCUAAUUGCCUGUAUGACUGUAUAUUUCAACUGUAAGUACUUUCCUUAAUAUACGCGCGAGUUACUAGAGUGCCUCCACGGGAUUUUGCCCAGAAAUCCCUGCGGGGGCAAUUAAGGGGAUUAGGACCUCGUCGGGCGAUAGGACGGUGUGAGUAUCGAAUCUCGUUUUACCAAAUUUGCAUAUUUGAGUCUGCGGUAAAAUAGUGCGUCCCCGAUUUCAUUGAUAAGAAAAUUGUCACGCAAAGUUGAACCUGGUGGAAAAGACUCGUGUAACUUCUUUGUGAUAGAGAAACAGUUAAGAGAAGAAGAAAUGCUACCAAUAAAAAAAAAAUUAUUUUUCGUGUUUUGUGUUCUCGACAUGCAAGGAAAAUGAAGUUUCGUUCUGCUGGCUCAUAAGCUACAAAAGCGUAAAAGAUAAAAAAUAUUAUUUUCGGGACACUUGUUGAAAAAAAAACUCAAGUAUUGACUAAAACGUAUGUCGAUACUGUCGAUUACAAAGGAGCAGAGAUGCGUAACUAUUCAUAUAUGUUACGUUUGUAAACAAAAUUCGUAACGUACGUGACCUGGAGAAUAACAGAUCGUUUAACCUGAGAUCAGGCCCAAUUUUAGCGGUUCUCAUAUAUUCUCGCUAACGGCUACCGCCAUGCCCGCCGGAAUGUAAUUUUCAAAGCGAAACGAAAAUAGAGCCUGAUCUCAGGUUACAGAUCGUUCGACGCGAGUGGCUAGCGACGAAAUGGUUUUGGGAUGGAAACAAGGCUAAAAUUUAUCUUUGAACAGAUAGCUUCAGUUGCUGGAACGGUCGACAAAUCCUUUUUCGAACGGAUAGCCCAUGCCGUUCGAACGGAUAACAAUUUUUUCAAACGGAUAUCCCAAGCCGUUCGAACGGAUGACAACUUUUUUCAAACGGAUAGCCCAAGACGUUCGAACGGAUGACAACUUUUUUCAAACGGAUAUCCCAAGCCGUUCGAACGGAUGUCAUUCUGACAACUUUUUUCAAACGGAUAGCCCAAGUCGGUUCGAACGGAUGACAAUUUUUUUGGGACAGAUACCCCGAGCCGUUAAUGUAUUAUUUAAAUGCUAAUAAAUGCACUUUCUCGCUAAAAAGUCAUUUCUUUUUUGCCCAUUUCUCCGUUUAUUAGUAUAUAUUAUUUAAAUGCUAAUAAAUGCAUUUUCUCGCUGAAAAGUCAUUUCUUUUUUGCCCGUUUUUUCAUUUAUUGGUAUAUGUUAUUAAAAUACUAAUAAAUGCAUUUUUCUCGCUAAAAAGUCAUCUCAUUUUUUGCCCAUUUCUCCAUUUAUUAGUAUACAUUAUGUAAUUUAAUAAAUCUGUUUCUUUGACUUUCACUGUUAAAGUUUUUUGUUAAAAUAUUUUUACUAGUACUAGUCAAGUUUUUUGAAUACUUUGCAAACAUCUGAUGACCCCAAAUCCGUACGAAAACGGCAAACCGUAAGUAACGUUUCGCGAGAGAGGUCACGCCAAGAGACUGACAAAAUAUGUUAGUUAUGUCCAUUAAUCCAUAGGUUUAGUAGCUCUUUAACUUUCAUCGUGUUUUAUAUCUUCGCAAAUAAAUUGUUGUGGUAAAUUUUUGUGUUUUUUCUUUGUUACUCUCUCACGCGUCACGAGAACCCUCCGGAAAUAUUUCCCUAUGGUGACCCCCCCCGCUUCCCACUGGAAAAUUAGGCAAAUUGGCGCCCCCUUCCCCCUGGAAAAUCCGAUCCCUUUUGUGGGGGGGGGGGGGAUAUGGAUAUUUUCUCGAACCACACAUUACAUGUAUUGACUCCAUUUUUCUUUAAUAUUUUUCUCUCUGAUUCAAGUGCAGUAAUUUGAACAGUAUUUAAACUGUAAGAAGUCAUACUUUUUUAUUACAAUUAAAUGGAAUAGUCUGGCCAAUCAACUCGAUUAGCCUCCGCAGGUAUUUGAACAAAAAAUUGCCAAAUAUAUUAUUUGACCUUUUUCUUUCACUUACCUGUUGUCUUAGUUACAAUUUUCGGUAAAUAGGCUAAAGAAAUUAAACAGUGUGAUUGAUAAAUUGAUUGAUUGAUUGAUUGAUUGAUAGAUAUAUAAAAGUACUGUUGUUUUCUCUAUGAAGCAGUUUGUCAGGACAAUUAAUGCAAAUUUACCACUCAAACCACCAAACAAUCUUAGUCGAGUCAUUUCACUCAAGGCUUUAGAAAGGCUUGUUUAUGUUUCUUUUUAAUUUGGUAAUUUAAUAGUUAAAUUACAUUUGAAUUAAUUUCAAUUUUAAAAUGUUUUAAAUGCUACACGAAUAUUGUAAAUUUAGAAAAGGCUUACAUUAGAUGAAGCGGUAAGAAAAUAACCAAGUCUCUGAAGGGGCACAUAUGGCCUCUCAAAGUUACGGAGAUGCAGUGGAAGUAAAUGCUACCGACAUACAUGUAAAACUACUAUGUAUUUAGUUAAUCAUUGUUUUCUUCAUCAUCUUUACGUAACCAUUAUAAUAACCAGUUGCGGAUCCAGGGGAGGGCCCCCCCCCCCUUAUUUUUAGAUCAAACUGAGGCCUGAAGGGCGGAUCUUUGUUAUCUUACUGUAAAUUAAAGCACUUACCAGUUACAAACUGGUAACGAUAACCUUAUAUGGUUGUGAGGUCCCUGUCUUGUCAACCAGUCGAUUAAAUAUGACAAAUAUGCCCUAGAACUGUGGAUUUCUACAGAACUGGCGAUAGAAAAUCAAUUUUACAAGACAAAAAUGAAAAUAAUCAAGGAAAGUGUAUUCCAUCGGCUUGUGAAUCUGUUUACCGUGAGAUUUUGAUACCUCAACGUGAGACCGUGAGAUUGCUCUCAAAAUCGUGAGUCUCACGUUAUCUUGAGAGGUCUGUUUCUUCUUAUAUUUAGCGACACGUGUGAAAUGUUCCGCCAUUUCCUACGGCCCAAUCAAAACAACGCAACUUCGUCCCCAAGGCUUCUCGGUUGCCGACCCUUUUUCCGGCGUUUACCCUGGACUGCUGCCGUCAUUUUCCGGACAUGGUAAACGUGUUUCAAAUUUUGUCGUCGCUAGCUGAUAAUGAAAAAUUUGGAGUGGGAUUUGAGCCCUCGUCCUCAAAUCUGAGGCUCUCUAUUAUGAAUAAAAAAUAAAAUAAUUUUUGAAUUCAAUUUUGUAUGAUCUGAAGAAUUAUGCAGACUGGGAGGGUGUUAUCGGCCGAGGUGGAUAACACUCGCUCUACAUAUUUCUUCAGAUCAUACGCAGUCUCGAUCAGUAAUGGCUAAAUAAAGCUAAAUAAACAGCAUCACAGGUAAGUACUACCCAACAACUUUCAUUUCAAUAGAAAUACUUCAGACGUACUUCAUCGCCCCAUGUAAGGUAAUCCGGAAUCCGGAAUCCACGGCUUUGGAAUCCGGAAUCCAAGCAUUGUAAUCCAGAAUCCAGGUUGCUGGAAUCCACUCUGUUGUGAUGGUUCCAGGGCCUCUUCUUUUCCUUUAGUGACUGUUGCGUGAAAAUCUCAUGUCGCAAGGACGCGCAACAGGCAUGUUCACGCGUGUUUCACUCGCAGGAACAUCCCUUGUCAUUGUGACAUAUCGGGUAUCAAUUUGAAACAAUGGUCACAUUAUAAUGACGUGACAGAAUCCCAGGGAGUUGAUCGAUCUAGUUUAUUAACUUCAUUAGCCUUAACACGUGACGAGCAAUACUUGUUAGUUGGAGACGGGAAUGGUUCAUGUAGUCAUCUUUGUCAAGUGAGAGGACGAUUGAAACUGAGAACAGUAUUGCAGUGACAGAUGGUGGAACCGUGUUCUUGUCCUCCAGCAAAGAACAUGCACUGUUCAGUUUGAAGGAAGAAGAGAUGCUUGGGGGUAAAGAAACCCUAACAAAAGUGUGUGGAGAAACUGCAGGCCAUCGUGAUGGUGUCCAAAGUCGAUGGAACAAGCCUACUGCUUUAUGCGUAUAUCGAAACACUGUUUUCGUAUGCGAUACCGGUAACGUAGCAAUAAGAAUGUUGACGUCAGCAAAGGGACUGAUCCCCCUGCAAAGUAAGAUGGCCCAAUAUGCAAACGUGUUCCGACUCGACAAGAAAGCCAAAGAAGAAGACCUACCACGUACAUUUAAAGAUCAUGUGAAAUCUGUCGAGGAGUUGGUUGCAUUUCUCUCUAACCACGAACAGGAAGCCCUGGAGAGGACGGGCAAGCGAAAUACCAACGGUCCGGACAUGACCAUACCUCGAUGCACCCGACAGUCCUUCCUCAUAGUGCUAGAAUCGCUGACCAGCCUUACCAACACGCUAACGGAGAUUGGGCAUAGUCACCUUCUGGAAAGGAUCUGUUUCGAAAGUAUGACAACUUUGGGCGUGGAAUGCUAUUUCAAAGAAAUGCGAGCAGACCACGACAUGCCUACAGUGGCUAACUACGCUUACAGAAGAGCGCGCUGCGUGGAAGACGAUAUGCUGCGCAUUUACCAGAAGGAUUUCUCGUAUUUCACUGGGCCCAAUUCAUAUUAUCCGGAGAAAAUUAUCGAAGGUGAACCCCCAAACAUCAAGACGCGACCAAACAAGCUGUCAGCAAUCACUGAAGGAACAGGUAGCAAAGAAGAAGACACAAGGCGAGAAACUGUGAUGCGAGAAUUUGCUAAGGAGUAUGGAAGAGGCGUAAGACAGGAAAAUGUCCGCUCAAAAACGAAAGAGCUAACUGGCACCCUUCCUUAUGCCCUUAGUAUGUGUUCCACUACCAUCACAGCCUCAUUAGAGGAAAGCGAAGACGUAACAACAGCCUGCCAAUUUGUGGAUGCUAAUGUGGCAUUGCGGAGUACGGCUGUACGGGUGCAAACCAUUUACCAGAAAGACGACAUAUUGGCAGUAAGACACAACCGUAGAAGAGAGAUCUCACCCUUCUGGCUAGCAGUUCUUCUGGAGGAUGUACAAAUAGAAGUGAAUGGUGGAAAUUUUGUGCAGCAAAGAGUAUUCCUAAAAUGGCUAAACCAAACAAGUGAUUCACUAACAUACACCUUCGGUGAUGUCUGUAAUGGGAAUUCCCCCAAGUGCAUUCUAACCCGAGUACUCGACUUUUCUUCCGAUGGAUCAGACAUCAUUUUAACAACAGAGGAGGAUAACAGGCUCUGUCGAAUUGCUAAUGGGGACUACGGUGACGAUGAUGACAAUGAGAAUGAAACUGCACCACCAACUGCAGAGGAUGAGGGAGAAGUAUCCCUCCCGAUAAGACUGCCGGGAGUUAGUUUAUCAGGACGGAGAACGACACGGUUUAUUCUAAGAUAAACGUUUCCGUUGCCUGCGUAGCUUGUAUUAUAGUAAUUGGACUAUCUUCACGCUAUUUGUUGGUAAGCUGUAACUGAAGUUUUACAUUUCUGUGUGGCAAUUAAACAAUUCGGAGACGAAUUAUGUUUGAACCUGAAAAGCACUGAUUUUGGCAAUGUGUACCUCUUUUGUUAUUGUUGACGCCGUUGUUAUUAUUAUUAUAAGAAUAGCCCUUCCUCGUUAGUAUUUCUUCAACGAUGUGGACUCAGUGGACUUCAGAAACCGCUCCUAUAUUCAUAAUCCUCUCGGGUAAGGCCAAGAAUUAUAUUUCAUACUUAUAUUUUAUAUGAGACAAUGUACACUUCGGGUAAAAAAAGAACAAGCUUUUUUGGUGAAAACAAAGUACAAAGGAAACGUUAAAAACCAGAAAAUAGAAUUUUGAAAUCUGGAAUCCAGCCACUUAUGGAAUCCGGAAUCCACGGAUGUGGAAUCCGGAAUCCACAGGCAUGGAAUCCGGAAUCCACAGCGUGGAAUCCGGAAUCCAAGACUCUCUUGGAUUACCUUACAUGGGGCGAUACUUCAGGAUUUUAUCUACAGGCUCAAAAUUUAUUACCACUUUGUACAACCUAAUAUGAAUAGCAGACUACAGGAAAGUACUUCUCAGUGGCUUUCAUUUGAAUGGUCACAUCCGCAGGGUCAGCGACAUAUAAUGUAUGACAAAAUUUUAGAUUCAAAAGGCUGAUAAUUUUUACUUCAUUUCAUUUUACUUCUUUUCCUACAGAAUCAAGAAGAAUCUAGUGUCAAUCAAGGUUUCUCCGCAAAAAGUGAGGCAGACCUGUCCCAUUUUGGAAAUCAAAUUUCUCUUGAACCUAAAACAUCUUCUCAACUACAUCUUGAGUCUAAGGGGAGAGGUUCUGUAAAGCAGGAAAAAAAUGUGAAAGACAAGUCAGCGUGGAACUUAACUGAGGAAUUCCCUUUUUCGAGUCAGUUGUUUGAGCGAGAAAUACGGCCGUCAGGAGCGAGAGAUUGUGAAGAUCAGAAAAAAGAUGUGAAAGAUGAGUCAGUAUGGAGCUUUUCAGAGGAAUCUCCUUUUUCGAGUCAGUUGUUUGAGCGUCAAAUGCGGCCAUCAACUGACGAGCGCUUAAGCGACCUCGCAGGCGCAAACGCGCUUCGGGAUGCUGAAACACGGGCAGUGAGAGCAGGUUCUUCGAAUUCCAAACAUGAUUUCUCUUUGUCAAGUCAACUCUUUGAACAUGACACAGACUUCUCAACUGCUGAAAAAGAGUCUGGUGGCAAAACGUUUGAAACAGUGACAGAAGGCUCAAGUUUAUACCAAGACAUUGAGCCCUCGACGAGCACUGGCGAUUCCAGCGUUUCUUCUCGAAGAAAACAGUUUUGGGAAAAGGCUCGAAAGCUGGCGUCUAACAGAAGGAGAUCAAUGCUUGAGGGCGGACGGGUGGUUUCAAAAGAAGAUGGUGAGUAGAAGUCUCCUGAUGUUUGGUCUAUGCUUUAAGAGUCUUAUAAAGAAUUUACAUUCUUAAGGAUAUCGGAACUGUAAUAUUGUAGGUUGAAGUUUCUUCUCAAAAAAAAGAUUGAUUAUAAUCUUCUUGAUGUGUGUAGCCCUAAAUAAGAUUGUUUAUGGCAGAAACUGACUUUUCAACUACCUGUGGGAGUCAUACUUAUGUAUCUGAGUCAAAGAGGUUAAUGCAUCGACAGUUGAUGAUCACGAGUAUUAACCUAAAAAGACUCAAGUUAUUAGGGCAGUGACACUUGACAGUUCGAAGACUUGACAAACCUGUGGCCCUCUGACAAACUGUCCCCAACUAACUGGAGACACUUUUUAGGUUGAAUUUGAAUUCAAAAUAUUGGUUAUGAGGGAAAGAGAAAACCUUAGAAACAAACCCAUCCCUGCAUCUAGUUGUUAACAUAAUUGAUCAGUUAAGUCGCGAUGAUGUUGGUCACCUGUAAAAGGAGCCGGGAAUUCCAUGCUGACGACUUGUCAAUAUCCUGAUCUGAAAAUUGACACGUCAUCAGUAUGGAAUUUCUGCGCUCGUUCCUCAUACGUCGUUAGGGACUUUAAGAUCCAACGACGCGGACGACAACGAGAACGUCAAAAAAACAAUUGGUUUAAGUAGCAAACCAACAACUUCGCACGUGCAUCACACUUUUUUGUACAUUUAUUUCCCGUUUUUGCACGACUACGACGUGAAAAUGUCUAAUUUCGCGUUUUAUGGAGGACGUAAACAAGCAACGACGAAAUUUUAUUUCUCUUUCUGAGCUUGAAUUUGGUCCCUUGAAAUUCAGUUUCAGGAAGGUUCGCCUACAAUUGACAAAGUAAGUGGGUAGGAAUAAUCGCUAUAAAGACUGAAAUAACGCAAAUUCAGUUUUAAAGCGACGUUCUUGUCGCCGUCGCGUCGUUGGAUCUUAUAUAAAGUCCCUAUUUCACGGUUGGCGUCGAAGAAAUGCCGGCUCUUUUGUCAGGCUACCCACUCUUAAGUCAUUCAGUUUAGAUGUAUGAGAGAUAAUUAGUAUAGGUAAGUAAUAGCAUGAUUUGUAGUGAUAUUUGGCAUAAAUACCACGAGUGAUAUUUCAAAAUUGUUAUACGUAAUUUCACGAGCCGUUAGACGAGUGAAGUUUGAGAAAAUUUUGAAAUAUCACGAGUGGUAUUUAUGCCAAAUAUCAUGUACAAAUCCUGCUAUCAUUUGUUUAUACUACUACCCGCCAAAGGUUUGUAAUUUUAACAUGUAGGUAUUUCAUCUUAAGGUGAAAUACCACUGCUCUAAGCCAAUCAAAUUAUAGAAAUUUCUCCUGUAGUAGCACAAUAAUUGUUAUUAACUCUGCAUAACAAAUCUCCUCACAGAAUCAUUACCUGCUCAUCAAAAGUAUGCCGCAAAACAGAAAGAUGCUGAUUCGUACAAACUGGCAUGGAUCGCUGGUAUCCUCAGAGGAGAUAGAUCACGUGGUACGUUAUCGACAUGUAAUAACCCUUAUGCAUGUUUCUCCAGCAAGUCUCGUUUAAAUUAUUAAGUUUGCUUAGUGUUUGAUAUAUGAGCUCCAAAUGAAGGACAGUUGUAAAAAAAAACUGAUGUGCAAGAAUUGUAAAUACGAAGAAAGUUUGUUCACACGUAAGUCUUGGUGAUGCAUACGUAUACCUGCAUAAAGGCUAUUAUGACAUCCCAGUUGAACUAAGCCAAAAUGAGCAGCCUACAUAAAAAGAAGAAGUGUAAAACUCAACCAUCAUUUGUUCUGCUUCCUUACGGAAUAAGCUACCCUAUACGUGUUUAAGGUGAUGUUUGUUUUUCAGAAUUUUAAAAACACAUAUUGUGUUUUCGGCUGUGAAAAGAAGUCUCUAACAUUUGUAUUUUACUGCAGCCGAGUACUGAAGAUGAUUUUUUUUUGCCUCUACAGAGAACGAGAGUGAUGCAUGAGACUUGCUUACCAAGAGUUUUACCAGCGCUGAUAUUUAUUGCAAAACACCAUAAUCUGACUUAUCGGACUUCACCAUAUUCUUGUCACUAACUCUUAUCAUCCUGUCCUUAUCAUGGGCAGCCUGGGAAUUUUACUUUCAUCUAGCAUCGCACCGAUGAACUGCGUCUUUUUACAUAUGGAGUGAAAAAUGUGUAACCAGAUAGUUUGUCUUUCAUUGUCAAGGGUCGUCAAUCGGAAAAGGUGUAUAGUCAACGAAGUUUCUCUAUCGAUCACCCAUCGACUAUCUCCCGCAGAUCGAAGGAAACUGUUUUGCAUCUUCCCUUGCUGUGCAGAUGGUGUUUACCGCUUAAUAGAAAUACGCGCGUCAUUAGAUUUUAACUCCAAGCGUGUAUCAGGCCUUUAUUUUUUUCUUUCUAGCUCCGUUCUCUAUUCGCCCAGUCCCCACUUUGAUCCGAAUGCUUGGAAUCCGGUAGCCUGCGCGCAGAC